AUGAAGGAUCCCUCCUGGACCAGAGCGGCACCCUUCAAAGAGACAGCCCAUGCUAGGACGCCUAGUGAAUCAAUUGGUAAUAACUACACACCAACAGCAAGCAGCCUGAAGAUUAGAAAUUUAGCCAAAGUACAGCCUCCAGUCAGACCACCUUCAAGAAUUCCAGCACAGCAAGGUUGUAUCCUUCAGAAAAAAAUAUGAUUUUCAAUUUUCUUAAAUAUGGAACUAUUUUAAUUAAGCUAUAAGAGACUCAGUAGCAGAGAGCUGCUAGUAAGAGAUGAUAACUGGCUAAAAGAAGUUCUCUAUCUUUGUCACUCAAUGGGAGGUUAAAACCAAGAGUGUUAGUACCAAGAAGUAAGUUACUUUAUGGACCAGUCAUUGACUUAAAGCUACAAAUAAAAUUUAUGUACAUGAUUUGUAUGGUCCUUGAUGUGUUAACAGCUAAAGAACCAACAUCACCUAGGAAAAGACCUGUUGUGGGUCCACAUGCCAGAAGUAAAUCAGAAGGAGAAAAACCUCUGUAAGUUCAUAGAAAAGUUUUUUUUUGUAUAAAUGAUCUGCUCUAUUUUGUGGAAGGCUCAUAACAGAUUCUCUCUUGUCCCUUUGCCUAGCAAAUGAAGCAUUUUCUUUAUUGGACAAUGGAGCUGAUAAUUUGUGAUAUUAUUUAAUUUAAACACAAGAAGUUUUCUUUUUUGAUUCAUACAGAUUACCACCCAGCCGAGCCAUGACUCCAGCAGAGCAGUUGGAUAUCAUAAGAUCCUGUGAAGUUGUAGAAAGCGUGGAUGAAGGGGAAGUAUCUAAGCGUGACUUAGAGGUAACUCACAGGUUUUUGAUUGGCUACUAUUAACAAAACAAAUAAAUGUCUAAAGCCUGCCCUUGAAGCUUACAACAGUGUCCUCACAGUUAGACAUGAUGUUUGGAAGGAAGAAUUUGGCAAAAUGUUCCAGGAUAAUUUACAUAGUGAACAGGCUGCUUGGUUAUAUAGCUAACCCUUUCAUCCAUUUUAUAUUAAUUACUGAUAAACCAAAUAUUAAUGACUGUUCAUUUGUACAGCGUUACCAGUACUACAUUUCCUGUGGAGUACCUGAUCACUCCCUUGCAGCACAGGAUCAAGAAAUAAUGGAGAGAAUAGUGCAAAAAAGAAUCCCUGAUAAACUAGCAAGAAAUGCUGAACUUGAUCCUCUUAUAACGAAACUCAAACAAGAAAUUGGCGGAGACUAUGACUUCAGUGUACGCAAGUCUAUUGGUGAGUUCAAGGGAGAUUAGAGUUAUACAGUCAAAUUUGUACCCAAAUAGUCUUAGUGCACUACACAAUCAACAGUUUUUCUCAGUAUAACACUAUAACUGGUAAAAUGCCAUUUUCUUUUGAUGAACAAUAAUUGUUAAUUUUUUUGGUCUUGCAGUGGACUAUAUUCUCAUGGAUCCUAGUGAAAGACAAAGACUACACAUCAAAGAAAUACCAAAACCUUUUCCUCAGAGGUACCUAUUCCACUGGAUUGACUUUGUGUCUAAAAAUGAAUAUUGAAAUAUAGUAAUGAUUGAAAUUGAGAGGAAUAAUGUAACUUCAACCUAAAAAGAUGCUGUUCAUCCCAGUUACUGAACACAAAUUGUUGGUGAUUGUGAAGAAAUUUAGGAAACAAACUCAACUUUAUAGUGUAAAUUUAAGCAGGCUGGGGAGUUGAGUAUAACUUGCUGAAGUGACCAGUUCAUUAUAUUGUAACUGAAAAUAGUAUGCUGAGUAUUUAUUCCACCUUAAAAUAGCUGUAUACAUGUUAAUGCAUAAUCAAAAGCAUAACAUAUAAUUGCUUCUGGCAUAAUGCAGUGUGUAAAGCAACACAGCUCCUAUGAAUAUCCUUGAGCUCCAUACCUCACAAGUGUGAAGAACUCCUUCAUUCAUCAUUCUUUUAGUCAUUUGUACAAUCUGAAUGUGAAACUACAUGUGCACACUAAUCUGAUGGUUUGACAAUGGUUAUACACAGGUCAGGCUAUUAGAAGAAUGACACCAAAUUUUUGAUGAUUAAAUUUUAUUUUGAACAAUAUAUAUACAUAGGACUGUUAGAGCUCCUGUUCCAUGGCACAAUUCGUAUCGAUCAGCGAAAGAGGCCUGUACAAAGAACUUGUUUAUCACCAACCCAGUGAUGAUGAAGAUUCAGAACCUCUGGUAUGACAGGUAUGUGAGUUAAAUUGUCAUCAUUUAUGUAAUUAUCUUCCUUUUACUGAUGAUAGAUAUGGAAUAUAUAUACACAUGUCUUUCCAAUUGUCUCACAAUCCUUUCUUUUACUUUUUUCCUUCAGUUUCUCCGAGGUGCGUUUUGUGGAUGGAGACCAGCUACUUGCAUCAGGGCUUCCUGUUACACCGGCAGAGUUUGAAUUGCUUGUUAAACAACAGUGUGCAAAGACAAGAGAAUUCCUUAAAAGAACGUAAGUAAUGGCAGCAUCAGCAAUAGUUUCUCCUUUAACAUAUUAUAUUUUAAGUUGUUAUUUUGUAUUCAAUAUUAAACCACAGACCAAGUUUUAGAGGCUAACUUAUCCAAGGGAAUUAUCCAUCCCAAAAGGGACUCAUCCACAAGACCCAAUUCCCUGGGACUUAUUCCCUGGGACUGACUUCUGCUAUCUUUGGCAUGAAGCAAAUUCAAGUCUGUAUAUGUAUUCUCCCCAUGGAUGAUAUCUGAGGUCAUCAUAGGUAAUAACUCUGUGGUAUUUUUUUGGAUUUUCCAUUUCUUCACAGUUGAAUUAACAUUAUAAUCAUAUUUUUGACCUUCUAAUGAUGUAAAAGAAGCAAAAUGAACCCUGUAAGUGACCUGCAGUUUAAAAAAUUAAAGAAAAAAGGCCUGAAAAAUUUAGGCUCUGAUGAGAUUAGAACCUGUGCCACCUAGAUACAGGUACUAAGUGAGAGUUCCCAACUAAGCAAAGCAGCCUUGCAGUGAGAGUGGGUCAAAAUAAAAUAAGGUGGCCUCAUCCCAACUUCAAGGAUCAUUUUUUUUUCCCCUUUACCAUUUGGUGUAACUUAUUUAUAUUCCAGGGGUGGAGACGUGCAUGGUACGAGAGUGAACACUGAAAUCCAGACCUCUCGAACUGGAAUCCAGUACAGUUAAACAUCUGACCCACUGCAUUUUCCACCAAUUUUAAUCAAUACUUGUACAGUCUGGUGGUUUUUAUAUAGACUACAUGUUCUGUGAGAUUGGAUAAUUCAAAGACGUUCUUUCUUUAUACUUGAAAUUAGGUGGAUUCCUGCUUGUGCCAAAAUCCUUAUUGAACAACGCCAGGAGUGGAUGCACUUAGUGCCAAGUUCUGAGGGUGAAUCUGCUACUCUUGUGCAGCAGUUCUUUGCAUGUCUUGCGGCUCUCAUGUCAACACAACUUCGAAGUUUAGUCAUCAAUUCCCUUGCAGACUUUGUCAGGUUUCUAAACAUGUACAAGGUAAAUGACAUUCAGAGUAAAUGAAAAAUUUACAGAUAAAAAGAAAAUCCAAUGACCUCUUACAUAACUUCCCAGCUUAGUUGUCAAUGCUUACAUGCAUCUGAAUUAGUGUUCAUGGCCAUGUUAAUGUGCAAGAAUGGUAAAAUUUCAACUUACGAUUGAGGAUAAAGAAGCUUUGAAGGCUCGUAAUAAAGCCUGCCAAGAGGCUUAUAAAAUCUAUAGCAUCUGCCACUGAUUUUCCUUAAUUAAGGCAAUGACCAAUCACAGGGUGUACAGUUUUUAGUUCAUUGUAUGAAUAUUACUGGAAAUUCUCUUCAAAGGCUGUUCCUAAUCUCCUCUGGUUUUCAUUUUUUUCACUAAAAAUAAGUUUUUUAUGUUUUAAAAAAAAUCACUUCCUUUCAAGACUCAUGUUACUUAUUUCAUGAACUGGUAAAUAUAUUUUUACCAAUGUACCUCAGAAGAGCGUUACAUGAAAUUAUAUAAUUUGUUUAUAAUUAUUUAACAACAUACUCCUUAUUUAGGAUGGGAAUGACUUUGGAGAAAAUUACUCAGACCUUCGAUAUGUCAUGACUGAGGUGAGCUGAGAUUUUUUUCCCUUUUAAAUUCUAUUGAAUGGUUAUGAAAAUUUUUCAUGAUCUGUUUUAUGAAAGGUGUAAUUCAACAACCCAGAGCUUAGACUAUAAAAUUCUGUUUUUCUUUUUGACUAGAUUAUGAUUGUUCAGCUGAAAAUUGAUAGUGGAAAGUUGACAUUUGAUCCUCCAUUCAGAGAGUUACGAGAUAUCUUGCUCAGACUACUGACAGACAUUGUUCAAAAUGCUGAAGACCUACCAAGGGUAAGUAGAAAAUGUCAUGCAGGGAUAAAAAGGUGUGGUGGUCAUGGCAUGGUUGGGUGUGUACCUCACUGGACUCUGGAAGGAAGUUGAAGGUUUUAAGAUUGAAGGUGAAGAUUGAAGCCCUGGCCAGGUCAUUGUGCUGUAUUUGUAGGCAAGACACUUUGUCCUCACAGUGUCCCUCUCUGACUUGGAGCAGAAAUUGAUACUGGUAAACCAAGGGAUUCUGCUGGAGGGUAACCUUGGGUGGACAAGCAACCCAAUUGGGGUUAUGUAGCACUAGUCCUUACUACUUAGUGCUAUGGAAACCGAAAUGACAUCUGAUGGCAUAAGCCCUUUGUUAAAAUAUGCCAAUUUCUAAAUACUUGUUAGUGCAGGAAGAGUUGGUAAAAUAGAUAGUCUUUCCUGUAGCCGAACUAACCCAUUUCUAGUAUUAACUUUUGGACAUUUGUGGUGAAUUUGAACUGGACAACUGUCAUGAAUUCCAAGUAAAUGCAUCCUCAGCCACUUGAAAGCACAGAAGAAAGCUAUUGGACCUGGUAAUAGCUGAAGGUGACAAUUAGUGAAAAACUGAAGCAACGGCUUCAAAGACAGAAUGUUUUGUCCAGAGCAUUGCUUAGAAUGUGCCAAUGCAUCGAGCAACUUUUGUUUAUUUAUUUACAUGUGUUUUAGUGGGUAGUAACUUCUUAGUGGCACUUUUCACAGGGGCUAUUUGUGUGACUAUGAAAUUUCAUAAUAUAUUUUCCUUUGCUGCCAUCACUUCACUUAAUGCCUCUCACGCAAAUGAUUUUUUUUAUACUCUCCCACUUUGAAAUUCAAGAACUUUUUGCUCAUCUUCUCUACCACAGCACUUUAUUCUUUAUACUGACAAAAGCGACUUUCCACUUAGCCUCAUCCUCACACCGUAAUUUUGUUACCAGAUCGUUGAACUGCAAGUACUCAAAAGAGGCAAAUUGUAUUAAGAAAACAUAGGUGUUUUGUUGAAAUACACUGUUUAUGCACCUUAUCGAUAAUAACAUGUUUUCCUCUCCUCCUAGGUUGAAAUUGAACUGUUUCCUGACAUGAAAGAAAAAAAGCUUUUCCUGCGCUCUGUACACGUUGAUGAAGCUCUUGUUCAGGACUACAUGGAUCAGGCUGUUGAUAUCUUUAAACUCAACACUGUUGGACCUCAAAAGUACGUGCAAAUGUUAUUCAUAGUGUGUAAUUGAAAUGAGUCAGGUCAGUGUUGAAGAUUGAAAAUAUCAAAUAAAAAAUGAUUGCAUUGUAAAUUACACAUUUGUCUAAACCUUCAAACUUGAAAUAUUUAUAUUGCUCGAUAACUUUGGCAAUAACUCUUUAUGUAAUUAAAAGAAAUACAAAUAUGCAUAGAAUUGUGAUUAUAAUUUUUUGAAGGAAGUGAAGGUGAGUUUUAUUUCGUUUUGUGAAGCGAUCUCAUAAAGGGGCUUGAUAUGCCCUUUACACCCUUUACGAAAUCAUUUCACAAAAAAUUUAGCAAGGAGAGGAUAACAUUAUCAGUAUUGUGUUUUUUGAUAUCCUUGUUGACUUUGACUAUAAUCUUAAUGCAGUGUAGUGUAGUGUAAAAAUAGUUCAACUCUCACAAUCAGUAUGAAGUAUGACAGUAGAGUAAAUACAUAUGCAUGUUUAAACUUGUGGUGUUAAUCAUUUAAAAGAAGUACAGAUAAAUUUUAUCAAUCUCUAUCAUUUUCUAUGAGGUGAUUUUAUGAAGCCCAUGGAAUGAAUUUUAUGUCCUAUAAUAAACAAAGUCAUGUCAGGGUAAUAAACAAAGUUAUGUCAGGUUUAUUACCCUGACAUGAUGUUAUCUAUUACCUUACUAUGAGGGUAUGGUCACUUUCAUCUUUUCUUCCCAGAAAGAAGGCUGAUACUUGCAGUCUGUUACCAGCACAAGUGUCUACUGGAACAUCUGUUAAUGAAUUGAUUACAUGCAUUCUGUAUUCCAGGUAUCUAAACACAUACAAGAAAUAUCAGGACUUGCUUAACAACAAAGCUGACACAGAGAUUAACACUUUCAUUCAAGAUGAGCCAGUUUUGUUGGCUUUAUCCAAGGUACUAAGUUUGUAGUUGUUUGUAGUUAACAACAAGAUGUAUGUACAUGAGCACAUUUAUACUCAUGGUCAAUGAAUAAUAAGCCUUGUGCUUACCACUGCUAAGUUAAUCACUUUCUUUUCUGUAUCCAAGAGAAGUUGCUACUACAAUUAAAUGAGUGGCAUAAUUUUAGGUUUUGGUUAAUUGUGGCAAGGGGAAACAUUUAAUAUGCAAAAUUAAAGAACACAUUACAGUAUGGAAUUCUGUGCAGGAAAAUUUAGCAUUUUGGGAGCUCUUAUUGACACAUUAAAGAAAAAUUGUUGUGAAUGCUGAUUGUAACAGGUAGAGGAAGUUUAACAUUUUGUGAGAUCUUAUCGACACAAUAAAGAAAAAAUGGUGUGAAUGCUGAUUAUAACAGUUAGAGGAAAUUUAGCAUUAUGUGAGCUCAGAAAUGACACAUUCAAAGAAAAAUUUUGUGAAUGCUGAUUGCAACGAAACAGGCUGAGUUUAAAAUUACUGACGUUGCUAAAAUUGUCACCACGUCCUCUUUCCUGAUCCACAUCAGUGGCGACUACAUCUACACAUGAACAAAAAUGUUUUGUCAUUUUUGUAUGUCACCACAAUGAAUAACAAAAAUCUUUUUUUUUUUUUUUUGCAGAAAAUUGAUUCCUACCUGAACCUGUCCAAGGAGAUCGCCUCCUUACAUAUUACUGUUCCUCUAAAUAUGCUCUGUUUGAAUUGUGAUGAUGUCAACCAGGAACUAUCUGCCCGUGCUGCACGACUGGCUGACAGAAUGAUACAGUAUGUUGUGGAUCAGAACAGGGACAAAAAUAGAGGGUAUGAACUUAAUUCAGUUCCUUUUACCCUUCCUAUUCAAAUUAGGGCUGCGUUCCAAGCUGGAACUUGUGUGUUCGCACGAGUUGCCAGUUUAGCGGCUUGUGUAGGACUGUUAAGUUACAGGAUGUAUUAUUUUUACGGUUUACUUUUUUAUAGUCUGGAGUCAAAAAGAGAUUAACAUUUUCAUAAAAUAUCACUCGUGCUUAAUUGUAUUAUUGCACGAAGUGUUUUUUUCUGCGAUACAAAUUUUACUUCUGGUGACUACUUUAUUAUCAUUCAGAUCACCGAAAAAAAUUGAGCGUGGAGCGAUAAAGAGUACGUCAAAGAGUCGCUAAUGUGUUGAUGAUUUGGUUUUUGAACAUGCUAGCUACGUGUAUUGCUCAAAUAGAAUUGCGAAAUGCGGAUCAUUGUACACGGGAAGAGCCAUUAGAUUUUUAGGAUGAAAUUUUACAUUUUCGUAGUUUAUUGUAAUCGGGUUUUGAAAGUAGCAGAGAGUUUUUCAUCCUCUCUUGCAAGUAGUACAUGUACGGUAUUGCAUUGUAAGUAGCCAUGAUUAAAGUGAUGUUGAUAUUUGCCGUAGCUGGCCAAGUAUUGCAGGCCUUCGGACUUGAUGGUUGACGUAGGCCUCUUUAUGUACAGGUUGUGUAAAUCGUAUGAUGAGAUAUCAGACAAGGUGCAAGAGAUGCCAGAUAACACAAGCGACUUGGUAGCACUGACCCAGUUCUUGGAGAAUGCCAGUUCUGUUACUGUCGUCAACUUACAGACUGCUGUUGAUGAGGCUGGAGAGAGGCUGCUGUUUUUACUUGAUUAUGCUACACUUCCAUGUAUGUUUAAAUUCUUUGAAACUUGUCGGUGAUUGUGUUUUGACCGUGGUGAAGUGCAAUGCUUAGUUUGGGCAAUUUCAAGAAGAUCGGAUGAAGUUGUAAAGUUUUGUUUGAGAAGUACGAUGGUUAGACUAUUAUUUUUUUCAUUGUUAUGUCGUGAUGAUUGUACUCUGUUUUCAACUACAGACGAAGACCUAAAACUGAACAGCACUGUAUUUCACUGGCCCGAACAUAUUCAGAAAAUCUUUGAGCUCAGCAAAAACCGAAUAGGACACAGGAAGGAUCUGGCUAUGGAUGAAGUCAAAAGAAAGUGAGUUUUGUCUCUCUCUUUAGUUAGUUGUUUUGAAAAUUAUUCGUGGCGUAAUGUUGUUUAAGACCAUAAUCCGCAGUGAAGGUACAAUUUUUUUAGGAAACACUCACAACAAUAUUUCUUUAUGUUUGGCUGCCAUAUCUGGCGAAGGUCUAUCACUCGAAACAUCAGCUUUGGAAAAUCUUUACAGUGGCCAAUUUACGUUAUUAACUCAGUUAAUAACACCAAAUUACCUUGUAGUACCCUCACUGACGCAGCACCACCGUUUCUUUAGAAACUCGUCCCCUUUUCCAUCUCAGGUGUCUGGAGUAAAAGACAUGUUACUCAGAUAAUGAACUCUACAAUAUUAGGUGAUUUCUAAGCGGUUAAUUGAUGAAACUCAGCAAUGAAUAAAAGUUUAUUUAUUGGAUGUUAUGCAAACUGUACAUUAAAUAUCGAAAGACAGUUGAAAUAAUAUAUUUUUCAUUUUGAAACUUUAACCAUAAGCAUUGUGAAACUCUUUUCACUUACGAUGUUCGUGAAAUAAUCUGUUAUUGCAUAUGCGUGUUACAUGUGAACCGUAAAAAGGUGCUAUAAAGUGUCAUUAUCAUCACUGUGGCUGUACAACACGAUUAACGUUGGCAAAAGAUAUCAUCUUUCUCUAUUUCUUUACUGAGCUCAAAACUCACCAUCUCUCUUAUUCUAUUUACAAACAUGACGCUAUCGCCAUUGCUGAUCCAGUAGCUGUAUGCAGGACGCGUGUCAUAUGAACUUCGUAAUAGACCUCGCUCACCGUAGAGUCUCUGUGGCUCAGUGAUAGAGCAUCGGUGCGCGGAAUCCGAAGGUCUGAGGUUCGAUUCCUUAUGUGGACUCAGAAUUUUUUCUUAGUCCCACGCUUGUGACAAGACGAAAAACAUCUUUCUCGAUAUCACAAAUUGCUCUCAAAAAAAAAAUUUUAAAGCAUGUUCAAGCGUAUAUUAAAAAAUCCCUGAUAUGUUCUCUAUGCAGAGUCAAGGCGUUUGAAGAGAAACUCAAUGGGUACAACAAAGAAGUUGAAGCCUUUAGGAAGAAAGAGGCAAGCUUUAACUUUUUACUAUUAAACUUAUUUUAAAUAUAUUAAACUAUUACAAGUUUAUUUUUUAAUUGUACUCAUAUGAUGGGCACACACCUGAGAGUGGUCAGGAGAAAUAAUGUUUCAGUGACUUUUCUCUGUGUUUAGACCUUUGCAAAAUGAUAAUGAAUUUAUUUUUUUCUCUUUCUAGAUCAUGGCAGCUGAUGAGAUGAAAAAGAACGUUGAGAAGCUCGAUGAACUAGAGGAGUCACUGAAAAAAGCGCAAGAGGAAUUGAUUGUAUGUUUUGUUCCCUUGUUUACAUCUGUGUACAAAACGAAUGACCAUAAUCUGUUUUGUUUAAUUGGGUAGAAAGGUGAACCCUUGUAUACAUGUAUCCCGAAAGUACAUCCCGAUUUAACCCCUUUACACCCUUGUGUCAGUGUGCAUAUUUUCCAUACUGUUUUCUCCACAUUUCCUUACAUGCUGACAAGGAAAAUUUGUUUAACAAUCAAGAGCUUCUCUAAUUGGAAAUCAUUUCCUUUAUUUUCAUGACCUUAAUAUUUGAUUUAGGGCGAUAAAAGGGAGAAAUUAGAUGCCAGUCACUCUUUGCGGACUGAAAGGACUCAUGCAGUUGGUUAUAUUUCAGGGCGAUUGGAGAAAUGUGUCAAAAAAAAGUCAGUAGUGGGACUUCAGAAAUCUCUCAAAGGAUAGGGUUUAUCAUUAGUUGGAGGAAUGACUGUGUGCUUCCUUGAAUUACACGUUUUUACAGAGAGUCAGUAACAGUAAAUAUACCAAAUCUACUUAUGUUAGAUGUCGAGAACUAACAUGCCUAUAAUUUGAUUUUUCAAAGCAAUUAAAUACAGAAGAAGAAUUACUGGAAUUUGAGGCCACACAGUUCCCAAUACUUCAGGCUAUGAUUGCAUACAAAGAACCGUAUGACAAACUGUGGAGGACAACGCUGUCUUUCCACAACAAGAACGAGGCUUGGCUCAAUGGUAACGAUGUGUUUUUAUAUUAUUUGAUGGAUACUCUCGUUAAAACAAGUGGCAGAAACCGAGGUGCUUCUUUGUUUAGAAUCAGUUUAAGGCCAGUAGACGCUUAAGUUGCGGUUUGAAUGUCGGAAGUUAUCCAGGAUUGUACCUUUUUGCUUUUCGAUGCUCUCUGAUUGGCCAACGAAACUUGCGCCACCUUCGCAACCAAUCAGAUUCAAAGCUCACGCGCGUGCUACGACUUUUCACCCGCCUAUUCCUUUGUUCUGAUUGGCUGGUUUGAUCAGUUUGGUAUUUUGUAUGACAACCAUUAAAUUGAAAAGUGCAAGCAGUUUCGCGCUCUUUUAGCGUAUGCUUGUACUUCAUGGUCCCAUUGGCUCCUUUGGGUGUCAAGCUUCGCUCUGAUUGGUUGUUUUAUUACGCCAGGUUUGGUUGUUGAACACGAACAGCGCUAGCAUUUUGCCGCGCUUUUCAGCUUGUACUUACUUCGUGUCCUCAUUGGCUCCUUGUGGUAUAAAGGUGUUCUCUGAUUGGCUGUUAGAAUUCUUCCAGGCUUUGUUUCAGGAUACACGAAAAGCACUUUGUACAAGGCUAUGACAUUGAUGUUUUUGUUUUGUUUUUGCUUUAAAAGGUCCAUUUACGGACAUAAAUGCAGAGGAGGUUGAGGAGGAAAUUGGUGGCAUGUACAGAACAGUAUUGAAAUUGACCAAGACAUUUAGUGAUGCCCCAGGCCCCAGACGAGUGGCUGAUAGUGUCAAAAGUAAGGUGGACAAGUUUAAAGUUCACAUUCCACUGUUGCAGAUCAUUUGUAAUCCUGGAUUGAGAGAACGACACUGGGAACAGGUACCUGAGUUUUUUCUUAAAUUCGUGGCAAUAACGUUGCAAGAUAAGUUUGGGUAAUAAGUUUGCCUCUUCGCGUGUAGCUUCCUUUCAUGUCAGCGGGAAAGGAAGGGAACACACCGUGUAAUUCUUGUUUGUUACUUGAGCUUAUAAAAAUUGUGAGAAGUGUUAGGUGGACUUGUAAACUCACGGCUUAUGCGCCAACAAUUUGAGCUGAUGAGAAAUCAAUUUCAGACAAGAAGCAUCAAGUUUGCACAAACAUUUUAUCUGCUACCUUCUCUGAAUUGAGCGUAAGUUUAAAAGGCAUUUAAAACAGUAGGACGCCGGUACAGAGACUGGAGUAAACUUGCAUCUUCGCGGUUUGUCCCAACGUGGGAUUUUGUACCAGUUUUAAGUGUACGAACAUAAAACAAAAUAAGUGAAUUGGAGUCACCUUGUAGUAAUAUGAAGGUCUCUUAUUCGCAUAAGUGCCCUUUCAACAGCCUCUUAGAUUUCUGUGUAGCUCCUAAUGAGAUGUAACGUUGUUUUUUCAGAUGAGUGAAGUUGUCGGGUUUGACAUCAAACCUGAGCCAACGACCUCCCUCUGUAAUAUGCUGGAAUACAAUCUUCACAAGUUCACUGAAAAGUAAGGAUGUCUGUAUUAGUAGUCUAUUUGCCUGCCUAGUUGUGAGAGUCGUUUAAGAAUGGCACUUCACUAGCUUACAUUGUACCUACUUAUGUUGAACUUUGUUAGUAUUAACUUGUCUCGUACAUAAAUUUCAUGUAUAUUCAUACACGGUAUUCUUGUUACUUGAUGGGUCAAGCUUUAGAGCAAUUUUAAAUCGAGUGUUAACAGUAAUUCGGGAUUGCAAUCGUUUUAGUUCUGAGAUUGGGCUUAAAAAGUCCAACGAUACGCGUAGCCUUUCAAAGGCAAAACUAAAAUCAAUCGAAACUCGUCCCAGGCCGCCAACGUAUUUCUCAUAGGCUCUUUAAAAUAUGUUCUUUGUUUUGAUUGGCCUUUGUGAUGCUUUUAUUUUACUUUUACGACAUCAUCGGAAAGCACUCUAUCAUGAGCUCCGACAAUGUUUUAACCUUUUGACCCCCUAGAGUGACUAUCAUCUUAUUUCUCCUUACAGUAACUUAACAGGGCGUGAAAUUGCGCCUAAUACAGGCGCCAAUGCGACUAAAUUUUUAACUUUGGCGACCAAAUUCUGAAAAUUAGUCGCCAAAUUGGCGACUAGAACGUUUCAUCAGAAUCUUACCAAGAGAUAAAGUGAAUUAAAAAAAUCUGCAAAGAUAAAUCCGCGGCAAACUUCCCCGUUGAGUUUGUUUCUAAAACGCCGCACUUGAAACUCUAUCGCCAUCUUGGAUUUAGGUGAGCUUGAGCGUUGUAUAUCAUCCAUCCUGAUGUCCACUUUGUAGCACGUUAAAGAUCUUUUCCCCAACCUAAUUUUGGAGGGUCUAUCUAGAACGCUAACAGCGUAAAAAAGGGUUUUGUCUGUCUUUGAAAAUGGCGACACCAACUUUUUUUUAAAUUGGCUACCACUUUGAGGAAUUUAGAAGCCAAGUGGCUAUCAGAAAAAAAAGUUAAUUUCACGCCCUGCAGUAUCAUCCCUGAAUCACUCAGUAAGGUCCCGAGAAUAAAGGAAAUAAUCAGCAACUUAAGAAGCUCUUGAUUGUUUGACAAAUUCUCCUUGUUAUCACGGUAGGGAAUGUACAGAGAACAGUAUGGAGAAUAUGCAUCUUGUAAAAGGUUAAACUGUGAUACUUAAUCGUGUUGACUUGUUCUUCUACAGACUUGAUGAGAUAAGUGGUGCGGCCAGCAAGGAGUUUGGUCUGGAGAAGGCCAUGGAGAAAAUGAAGGUUGAGUGGAAAGAUAUGUACUUUGAACUCAUUCCCUACAGAGACACGGUGGGUUAUUUUUAGCAUUGAUAUUGUUUACAUUUUCAUUAUCGUCGUCCUCCUCCUCCUCAUCGUCAUCGUUAACAUCCUUCUUAUUAUCGAGAUCAUCAUCGUCACCAGCAUCAUCCUCAUCAUCCUUUUAUUUCUCUACUUCCUACUUCUUACUUUUGACGACAUUUUCUGACUGUGAAUGUAUGAAAAUCAUUUAUGUGAACUGCGGAUAAAGAAGUGAACUUUGCAGUCAUGAACACUACUUGAGCAGUAGUGAAAAUAAGGCCUGAAGAAAUUGCAGGCCUGUACGGUAUCGUAGAGGUCAUGGGUUCAAAUCCUGUACAGGCCUGAAUUUUUUCAGGCCUUAUUUUCACUACUGCUUACGUAGUGUUCAUUACUACGAAGAUCGCUUUCAUAUUCACGACGUUUUCUGUUAGUCUCUUGUUAUCUCUUUCUUCAUCCACAUCGUUCUUGUCUUUGUUCGUAAUACUAUUAUACAGACUUGAGGCUACGUUCAAGUGCAAACUUGAACGGUAAGAUGUACGUCUUGGUUGUUUAAUUUUGUUCAAAACAAGAAAUGUAUCCUACAGAAUAUUUUGAAAAAUAUGUCCUCUUCACAACGCCAUUGCGUGAGCUAUUGUAUUGUUGCAUGCACAACUGAUAGCCGUUUGAGUUAAGGUAGUUUUAAUCUCUAAAUUUCCUUAUCAUUUACAGCUGCUCGUGCAUUCUUCAUAGUUUUUCUCAUUCUUGUAUUGAACAAAUUAUUGAUGUUUCAUUAAUGACUUGAAGUCAGGCAGUGAUAUUUCAAAUAACCAUUUUGAUAUUUUUCUCCACAGGGUGUGUCAAUCCUGUCCGCUGUGGAUGAUAUUCAGCUGUUGCUUGAUGAUCAUAUUGUCAAAGCACAGACCAUGAGUGGUUCUCCGUUUAUUAAACCUUUUGAGGCAGACAUUAAGGUUUGUUAAUUUAUAGGCAACUUUAUAGACACAUCUAUUCCUUUAAUAUUGUGAACAUACUUACUGGACAUUGAAAUGAUAUUGGAGGAGUCUGCUGAGUUGAUAAAAGACUAGAUCGUGUUGAUCGCGAGUGCAAUUUUGUAGUCUUUACUGGUGCUUAUUUACACCAAAUUGCACUCGAAAUCAUGUAAUUACUUGUUAAUAAUUUUCAUGAAAAACAAAUCACAGAAUAUCAAGAGAGACGAAAUUUUGACAGCGCGCGCGCUUUUUGUAAUUUACACUUGCGUUACAACUUUGCAUUCGUGUACAUGAAAAAUGCACUCGUUUUCAGCCAAUUAGACGCUUGUAAUUUUUCCAUAUACAUUAUAAGAAUCUAAAGGUGUACCAAGUUUGACAAAUGCUGUAAAGGGGAGGAGAGAGGGAACAGGAAGACUGAAAUUGGUGGGAGUCAAGAUGACCGAGGGUGUAUGUCACAUGUACUUCGAUGCUUGUCGAAAUUAUACGAUCUCUCAUUUUACACGAGAUUUUUGAUGCCCGAAAGAAUCUGUUCUAUGAAGUCAGUCCUGAGCGUAAUUGUUGCUCGUUGGCUUUUAGGAAUGGUGCGAAAGGCUCAUUGAAAUGCAAGAUAUCAUUGAUGCAUGGCUCAAGGUUUGUUAUUUUAUUGAUUGGGACUGUGCUUUAUCAAAACAUGGGUACCACAGACGGCUACCUUUAUCUUUUGUUUAUCUGAGUAGGAGCUACUUACAAGCCUAUGGCGACACCUUUAAGGUUAAAACUCCCAGAAGUUAUUUGGUGCUGUGAUCACGAACGCAGAAUGAUUAUUAAAAGUGAUUUUUACAAGAAGUUUUUAUUCGAAAUUGUUGAUGUGAGAUUUUUAUAACGAAAGAUCUUUCAACUUUUGGUAAAGCUUUGUCCAACGUUUUCUUCAGUUGUUUUCACCAUUUUUAUAAGAUUUUACAGGGAAUAUUUUCAGCUGCAAUAGGUGCGUUUUGGAGGGGUUUAACCCUAUCGAUAAAUAUGAAACAACACUUACGAGUUUAAGAGAAAGUUACAAUACGGAAAGUCCACUAAAAAAGCGUUGAACUGAAUUGUGAUUUACAAAGGUACUUGUCAGGCUGACCCUUUUGUGUGGUUUGAAUAAACAUCCUUGAUAUUCUUGUGGAUAUGUUUAUUCUAGUGUCAGGCCACAUGGUUGUACCUGGAACCGAUUUUUAGCUCAGAGGAUAUCAUGGCACAGAUGCCCGAGGAGGGAAGAAAGUUUGGAAUUGUAGACAGCUACUGGAAAGACAUCAUGAGUGAAGCGGUGAGUUAGUGUGUUUUAACUAUUAAAACUGAUAUAUUUUCUGAGAAACAGUCUUUCCUAGAUAUGGUUUGAAGCUUCCCCUUUGUAGCUUUUCUCAGUUUCGGAGAGCAGUUGUCGGUUAAGUGUGAAAAUUAAUCCCGGAUUGCAUUCAUUUUGCUUGCUUCGCUCUGUUCUUGGCCUGGAGAACUCGGGUUACCCCUGCUAAUCAGAUGCAAAAUUUAAACUAAUCGCGACCUAGUCACUCGCCAGCUUUUCGCGGGUACCAAGCAAUUUGCAUAUUUUCAGUUUCGGUGUUCAUUGUUACUUGCUUGUGUUGUGACUGACUGCUUAUAUUUCAUUGGUUAGUGCUUUGGGACUCCUAAUCAAAGUGUGCUUUCGUGUGAAGUUUUGUUCAGGUAUUAAGAGAGUAAAGUAUCAUUGGUAUAAUUGGGUUUCAUGGUGGCACUGAUAGGGAGCGUUUUUUUACCAGGGAAAAGACACACAAGUGCUUGUGGCUACGGCUCAGCCUAACAUGUUGGGAAGACUGAAUGAGGCUAAUCAACUGCUUGAGGAGAUUCAGAAGGGUCUUAAUGCCUAUCUGGAGAAGAAACAGCUCUUCUUUCCGAGGUAAAAUAACGAUUAAACGAUCAGCUAAUUCAUUUUGCUAGCAGCGUGGAACAGAAAAAUAAUCUAAGUCGUCUUGAGAAAUCGAACCACUGAACCUCGGAUACUGGUUAAUUUUAAAUUUGUUUUAAUUGUGUGCUAGGUUUUUCUUCUUAUCAAAUGACGAGUUGUUGGAGAUCUUGUCAGAAACCAAAGAUCCUCUACGAGUACAGCCGCAUCUGAAGAAAUGUUUCGAGGGAAUAGCAAGACUUGAGUUCACAGAGGAUCAGGAAGUGGUGGGAAUGAUCAGCGCCGAGAAUGAAACUGUUCCCUUCUCCACUAAAAUCAUCCCAGCCAAAGCUAAGGUAUAUGGUUACGGAUCAAUAUCAGUAUUUCAGCAACUGCCCACCUACCCCUCCCUUAACCCAAGAUAAUCCUAACUUGUUAUCGGUUGACUGUUUUUUGAAUUAGGGGAGGGGUAGGUGCGCAAAUGCUCAGAUACCGACUUUGAUCCAUUGGCUACUUCUUUACAUCCAAAAAUUUCCAGUGUCAUCGUAGUUAUCUCGGUCAUGGGUGGUUGAGUUGUAAUUUCCUUUACACUAGCUGGAAAAGUGAAUAAGACGUCGAACAGUUCAGAAGUGAAUUCUAAAAUACAUUUUUCAAAAUAUGCAAAAUUGGAAAAGUUUAUCGAAGAAUAAUUUGAAAUAGCUUUCACUUCGUAGGUGCUACAUCUAAAAACUCAAUACUUAGUACCAACUAUUUCAAGGGAAUGAUUCUUGAUACUACUUAAACUUUUCACUCAAAUUUCACGCCUUCAUUCCAUCUGUCAGUGUUUCAUCUACGAAUGCCUUGUCGGGUUUAAUUAGGAGAAUCACUGAGAAGUGCUGAUCAAUAGAUUUCUUACGGAUAGUCACGCACUAGAAGCUUUUCUUAAAUGUAUGAUUCGGCUAGAAUCUCAGUGAUAAUUUAAUAUUUAGAAGUCCCAUAGAUCGGAUCUUUUUAAGGGCUAGUUUGUAGAAAGCAGAAUUAUGUAUGACGUUUUGCACAUACCUUACCAACUUCUCGCUGCUUUGUAACUGUAAAUGCAUAUUUGGGUGUUAUCAAGAUGAUUCAAAGUGCUGUUGUUAUCUUUUUAUAGGGAAUGGUAGAGAAGUGGCUGAUUCAAGUUGAAGAAGUCAUGAUCAACAGUCUCAAGAAAGUCACAGAAGAUGCAGUAAAUGCCUAUAACCAGACUCCCCGGGGCAAGUGGGUCCAAGAGUGGCCUGGGCAGGUAAGACAGCGUAGAGUUAAUUUCACCCACUGGCCUUUUUUCUUUUCUAAGUUAACUAAGUUUUGUUAACAAAUUUUCCCCUCUGUUUGGAAUUUGGAUAUUUAAGAUUUAACUGAAACAAAUAGCAGUGCAUUUUCGUUUGAUUCAACUAACUUUGUCGUACAAUGAAAAUUACAUAUUGUUUAAUUUGUCUUGAUCGCAUUGACCGUAAAUCUAAGAGGUUAAGUGGUUUGAGCUACUUUCGAGAAGAUGUGUACAAAUGAAAAGUGUAACAAAUUAUGGAUGUACUUGAAUUUUGAUUUCCUUAGAUCAUUUUGGCUUGUAGCGGUAUAUUUUGGACUUCCGAAGUUUCACAAGCCCUACUGGAGAAAGAUGGCUUAAAGGUAAUGCGCGAUUUUGAACUGCGCACUAAGAGGCACCGUUUUCUAGUGGUACAUCUACCCUUUUGUGGAUUAAUAUCAAUUAUACUCCUCAGCUUUAACCCGAACUUCAGCUGAAACUGCUUUCUAUUUUUAUAAUCCCCGCAGCAGAUACCAUGACCUUCUACCGUCGUUGAUUCAGUUGUAUGUGUAUCUUUUCAGAAUUACCUUGCCAAGUCUAAUUCUCAGAUCGAGACCAUUGUUGCCCUUGUCCGAGGGAAACUGGAUUCUGGUAUCAGGAUCACGCUUGGCGCACUCACUGUAAUUGACGUGCAUGGUAAGGAAUUCAGUUAUCUGUUUCUGCUGGUGGGAAAUUUAAGACUAAACGGAUCCUUAUGCCAUUUUACCUCAUCGUCAAGCAUUCUUGUUUUGUAUUAAUUAUGCCAACUUACCAAACUUUUUCAUGAGGUAUCCUUCUUUCGAAAAAGGUAAUAUGAGUAGUACAAGGGGACACCAUGGCACACAACCAAUCAGAGAAGUGUAGUUUUUACCACGAGAUGUAUAAUCCUCUUCUUUGAUUGGUUGUGUACCACAGUGCCCCCUUUUUCUACUUAUCUGAAUUUUGCCGUCCCAAAAAUGACAAUAACUUGGUAAUAGUAACUUCAUUGGUCAACGAACUAGUAAAGAUGACAUCGCUCUUUACUAAGCUUAUCUCUGAUUGGUUUACAUUGCGGGCGGAGGGGGGGGCGGUUCUAGAGAUGAUCUGUGCUGUAACUUGCUAUCCAAUCAUUAAUUACUGAUUCACAUUAUCAGCUCGUGAUGUGGUGGCAAAGAUGUAUAAAGAUGGAGUCAACAGUAUAAAUGAUUUCCAAUGGCUGUCACAGCUCAGAUAUUACUUUGAGGAAAAGAAGACCAUAGUGCGAAUGAUAACAACCAGUAUUGACUAUGGAUAUGAAUACCUUGGUAACAGUGGUCGUUUGGUGAUCACACCUCUCACCGACAGAUGUUACAGGUACGUUAUGACCUAAGUUUGGUUUUUGAUGUUGUCUCCAGUGGUAAAAUCCUGAAAUUUCUGAAAAAAAAACAUAUUCUGUCGAGUAGUUUCGAAGAGGGGACCCAGAUUUCCUUCUGUCUUCUCUUGAUUCGGUGCUAAACAAAUUAUGUGCUUUGGUUCACAGAACUCUGAUGGGCGCCAUUAAACUCAAUCUUGGUGGCGCUCCCGAGGGGCCUGCCGGGACAGGUAAAACAGAAACCUGUAAAGAUCUGGCUAAGGCUGUUGCCAAACAGGUUUGUUAGUUUGUUUGUUUUUCUGCAUAGCAUACAUUUUCAAAUGUCAAUGGUUUAUCAUUACGUUGCAAUUUUUUUUCUUAUUUUAAGUGCGUGGUUUUCAACUGUUCCGACGGCCUCGACUACAAAGCCAUGGGUAAAUUCUUCAAAGGAUUAGCGCAGGCGGGGUGCUGGGCCUGUUUUGACGAAUUCAAUAGAAUCGAACUUGAGGUGAGCUUAUCUCUUUUAUCGUUUAUAGCCUGGAAAUACUUCUAGUCUUGAAAAAUCUUCCCCAGCCGACCUGCCUUAUCCUUUUUGUUUGUUUGUUUGUAUUUUGUGGCAUUGCAAGAGUUCGCGAUGUUGCAGGUCCUAAUUUUUUUUUUCCAAGUAACGACCUUGGGAAGCAGCCGUAGGACAAUCUAAGUUUAAUUUACGUAAGAUCAGCCACCUCUUCUAAAUGGUACUUGAAUCUGCUUGUAGAUGACAAGCUCAGUUCUUCUUAAUUUUAUAGCUUGUCACAUAGCUCUCUCAACCCUGUGACCUCUAAGAGUGACUGGCAUGUAAUUUCUCCUUACAGUAUCACCCUUGAGCCAAAAAUUAAGAUCACCUAAUAAAGGAAAUGAUUAUCAACUAAAGAAGCUUUUGAUUGUGAAACGAAUUCUCCUUUUCAGCACCUUAGGAAAUGCAUAGAGAACAGUAUGGAGAAUAUACAUAUUGAUCAUAGGGUGUAAAGGGUUAAUGCGACGUGUUUUUCGACAGGUGUUGUCUGUAGUAGCGCAACAGAUUCACACGAUUCAGAAAGCUAUUGCAGACAGAAAGGCGAAGUUUAUCUUUGAGGGAACCGAACUUGUGCUCAACCCAACUUGCACAAUGUUUAUCACGAUGAACCCUGGCUAUGCAGGGCGACAGGAGCUGCCCGAUAACCUCAAGGUACCUUGUCUUCGAGCUCGUGAGCUUUUUAAUUGUUAAAGUGACUUUCACUCUCCUUCUCGGCCACGAUUUGUGACGUUGUGCAACGCUCAAGCUGGGACAGCGUUGUAUUACAUUCUGAAGAACAGUACCGGUCACGAACACUGUCUCCAUUAUUGUGACUGACGUUAGUGGCAUAUGUAGGACUGCGCAUGUACAAUACCCUUUUGUUUUCGCCCUUAGGUGGUGAUUUACAAAAUGUUCUGGUGUUCUCUCAACAGCCCAUCUGUGCGAUAAAAUGAUAGUGUGUUCUCUUGAUUUUCUAGAAUAGCUAUGGGUUUGCUGUUACGAUAAUCGAUCGGUUUUGAACCAAUGGGAGUGACUGCGCUAUUUCUAUUAUUUUUAUGGGUUAUCAAUCAACGUCAUCUUUACCUCAGGUUCUUUUCCGCACCGUGGCGAUGAUGGUUCCUGAUUAUGCAUUAAUCAGUGAAAUCUCUCUCUAUUCCAUGGGAUUCUUGGACGCACGAAGGUAAUGCAUUCUCUUCUGCUCAUGUAUACUCCGUGACAUAUUAUAUGAUUCCCUAUCAUUAAUAUAAUACGUGGGGUGAUGUACCAUUGCUUUAAGUGAGGCCCUAAAAUUCUCAAUUUGAUGGAUUAAUCUUCCAACCAUUCGUCGAUCCACUGCAUCAGCCUGCAAUGUGCCGAGGAGGGCAUUGAAGAUAAGUUGAUCAAACACAGUUGUAAAUGCCCUUCUUAAAAUAAAAGUAUCUCGUCCAACAUUAUUAUAAUUAUUGCAAGUAUAUGACCUUAGUCCAAUCUCAAGAAAUACUGGAAAUUGCUAGUCCUUUGUAGCUUGUCUUUAGGGGGUCUAUUUAACGAAACAAAUGCAAAUAUAGGAAGAUGUCAAGGUGACUGGUUUUGAAAGUCGCUAAUGAUUGGUUAUAGCCAGGGAAACACAGUUGCGCUGCAGUUUGUGUCGGGAGUUCUCUCUGAAUUAGCUUUUGUGCUCAUUUAUAGUGACAGGCUAAAUCAGUAGGGUCUUUCUAUUGGCCAGUUAGUUCAACUUGACUGGAACGUUAGCAAAAAACAAAAAACAAACCAAAAGUAUGAUUAUUAUCUCAGGUAGGAUAGAUAAAAUUGUUCAACAAGUGAGGAGUUAAUUUUUUUCGCGAAGAUCACUUAUUACUUGUCCUCUCUUCCACCAGUCAAAAAUACGAUUGAAGUCAGAGACGCCAUUUGUUAAUUUAUGGUUUGGCUUUGUCUGAAGUAGAUUGUGUUUUGCUGUUUCUUAGUUUGGCACAGAAGAUUGUAGCUACGUAUCAGUUGUGUUCAGAGCAGCUCUCGUCGCAGUCUCAUUACGACUAUGGCAUGAGGGCUGUCAAGUCUGUUCUUACUGCUGCUGGGAAUCUCAAGCUUCGUUAUCCAGACGAUGAUGAAGCGGAGCUUAUGUUAAGAGCUGUAUUGGAGGUCAAUCUUGCUAAGUUCUUGGCACAGGUAUACUUUCUUUUUGUUUGAUUAUCAUUGCUUUUACUUGGCAAUUUGGUAAGCCAUGUUCUUUAGUAUUGGUCUUGGUUUGGGAGUCAGUCGUUGGAGACUUCAUAUUCGAGAGCUUCACCUUUUGUAUUGCAGGAUGUGCCUUUGUUCGAAGGAAUCAUCUCGGACUUGUUUCCCGGCACCAGUUGGCCCAACCCUGACUACGGAGUGCUGAUGGACGCUCUCAGAGAAAACUGCAAGAUUCGUAAUUUACAGGCGACAAAGUGGUUCCUUAAAAAAAUAAUUCAAGUAUGUUUUAGAUAGUGAGCUGAUUGUUGUACACUCAGCUAUUUUCAGUUAAUUGUCAACUUUCCAAUAAUUAAUUGCACUCUAAAGGGUGAUCAUUUUGAUAUAAGCUGUACAUACCUUUUAUUUCUAGGUUUACGAGAUGAUGAUUGUCAGACAUGGUUUUAUGAUAGUUGGAGAUCCGCUCGGAGGGAAGACAAUGGCGUUCAAGGUAAGUAGUAAGCGUGACUCCAGGUUUCGUAGUUCUGGACACACUUUAAGUCCGAACCACCUCUUCAAUUUCAGUGCCAACUUAUCAAAGUGUAGUGAUGGUUGAUAAUGUAAGAGGUGAUCACAUAUGAUGUUUCUCUAGGUGCUGUCUGAUGCAAUGUCAGAUCUCAAAAAAGCAGGAUAUCCGUAUCAAAAGGUAAGCCCUAAUAACAUUAAGAUAGCUUCGUUCAGCUUUUCCGUUAAGCCCGAUAAUGUUUAUGAUAGACAUGUUAAGAUGGCCAGAUUGUUUAUGGCUUUAAUUGGUUGCCGGUUAGAUGGGAACAUUUGUCACCAAGAACAGUUUUUCUUUUCUCGUAUCAUUACCUACAGGUGAUUUACAAGAUCAUAAAUCCCAAGUCCAUUAGCAUGGGUGAGUUGUAUGGCUGCUUUGACCCAGUCUCCCACGAGUGGUCAGAUGGUGUCCUAGCGAACUCUUUUAGAGAGCAUGCGUCGUCCACCACAGAGGACAGGAAAUGGUUGAUCUUUGAUGGGCCUGUAGAUGCUGUUUGGAUCGAAAACAUGAACACUGUGUUGGACGACAACAAGAAAGUACGUAUCCAGAUAAAGUUUACUCAACUUAAGGACGUUUUCAAUUUAAAUCACUCAUGGUAUUCACUUUUCUCUGAAACAUAUAACAUGACGCAUAACUGGUAAAACUGUUUAGUGCUUUUCUGAAGGUUUUUGUUUAACGUCCACGUGAACAGAAAGUUGCGGUUUCUUCCUCAAGAGACGUUCGGUAAAUCGAUUUUGAUGUUUCAUCAUCUUGAUACCCUGUACUGAAUGCCACUAUGCACAAUUGCAAUAUGCAUGCGAUUGCGCUUGAAGGAGUGGUGUCAUAUGGGUUGAAAGCUCCACUUUUCCUUCAAUUUUUCCCUUUGCCAAUAGAAUAUCGACUAUUAAAUUAAAUUGUACGUAGACUCGAUCGCCCUUUUUUAUUUCAAAAAAAAAGCAAAGCCACCAUUCUUAUUCAUGUAUUUUGAAAAAUGGUUGCAAAAUGAAACUUACGUUCUUCUUUCUCUUUUUGUCUCCAAAAAAAACGGUCCUAGUAAUAAAAAUUGUUUGACCUAAAGGUGAACAUUUACAUGGUUUGUCAUGAAAGCUCAUGCAGUCAUGGCGGCGUUUUGUUUUCAGUUGUGUUUGAUGAGUGGUGAAAUCAUCCAAAUGAACAACAAACAGAGUUUGAUAUUUGAGCCUGCAGACUUGGAGCAAGCUUCUCCUGCUACAGUCAGUCGUUGUGGUAUGAUCUACCUUGAACCACACCAGGUAAGAAUCGUGCAAUUAUAACUCUUAUACAACUGAUCUAGUGCUGAACUAAUCACAACGGUCAAUCAGAGUGAAGGAAAAUACCUCAAACGGCCAAUGAGAGCUCAGAGAUGAAGGAAACAAACUACCCGUAGCGCGGGAAAACGCAAGCAACUAAGUCGCGAUCGGAUUUAGUUUAGCAUAUCAUUAGUUGAGAGGGGGGCAAAAGUUUCCUUGACUAUUAAAGCGAAACAAAUGCUAACUUGGUUACUUAAGACACCUUGAAAAAGACUCAAAACUAACAAGAUUUCGACGAAAGUUUAACCUAGAAAAGUUGUCGUCCGUGCUGCACAGUAGGACUAUACGCCAAUUCGUUCGAGACGAGUAUAUUGUUCAAUUGAUCACAUUCUAGGAUUUGAACAAGGAGACAAAUUGUUCUCAAUGCAUGGACCGCUAAAGUCCAAAUUAAUAAGGACACAUAAUUCGCACUUAUGAGGUCCAUCCAUUUGGAAAAAUUGAAAUGACCAAAUUAAAAAGUCUUUUCUACGAUCAUUUAAACAAGCUAUCAAAAAAAAAUGGUUGUUGUUUUCAAGGAAAAAACUUGUCAAGGCCAACCCAUGGUUAUCCUAAACACUGCGGUCUUCUCAGUUUGUUUUUGUGGUUAAUUAAUUUUGUUCAUUCCUUAAUUUUAUUAAGCUUGGUUGGGAACCACUGAUGGAUUCCUAUAUGAACACGCUUCCUAAGAGCUUGAACGCGGAGCAUUUGGAAACCAUCAGAGCCUUGUUCAUGUGGCUUGUGCAGCCAUGUUUGUGUAAGUAGUGAUGGCAACAUUUAAAGCCGAAUGCCCGAAACUUUUACAUAUAGCCAUUCAUUUGUGUUGGCCUGACCGAAGAAUUUGAUGUGGCAUGCAAACAGGAACACUCCAGUUGGUGAUAUUACUCAUUCUUAUUAUUUGUCAGCACGAUAGUGUAUCGGGAUUGCCACGAGAAUUUUUUACGGCUUCUAGCCGAGAUUUUCAAACUAUUUACUAAUUUCAGACAGCAGUUUGACUUAUCUCCUUCAAAGUUCACUUGUAAUAUCAAAAACCUUCACGCCCCUAUGCAAAAGAAUCAAAAUCAUGUUCGUCCUUCGAGCAACCUGUUUUUACUUUCAGCCUUUCUCCGCCGUGAGUGCAAGUUUUUCAUCAAUACGUCCAACAUGCAUCUCGUGAAUUCCUUUAUGAAUCUGUACACGUGUUUGUUGGAUGAAAUCGCCAUGCAAGAUCAAGCUGAAGGCGCUGACAGAAUGUCAAGCUCACAGGUAUGUACAAUAUGAACCGACACGAUCCAAAAGUGUUAUUAUCCUAGUGACACGAUGUGAGUUAACUUGAUUCGAGUCAUGUUAAGUGACAUUACACGCACAGACGUUUUGUCACGUGUACUGCAACCGUAUGGAAACUACAUAUGCUUCUGGCGUGGCGCGCUGUGACAACUGGAAAGCCUUUGUUUCAGUACUUUAUAGUAAGUGCGAGACCGGCGCUACCGCUGGCAUUUUAUACAUAGCAAUACGACGUGACAGUACACGACAUCGCACGAGGGAUAUCCGUCUGGUGCUAAAACCUUUGUUUGGCUUAAAGAGUUUGAUGCGAAAAUUUAUUUUCGUGCGACUUGAAGCGGCUUUUUUUUUGGCUUCUCUUUGAAGAACCUUUUAUCCAGGAUCAUGCAGUUUAUGAUAUAUAUUUUUUAUUUAUUUUCAUGUUCUGUUUCAUUUUUGUAUAGAUCACCAACUGGCUUCAGUGUCUGUUUAUCUUUGCCCUGGUUUGGUCCAUUGGUGGCACGAUAAACGGCGACAGUCGCAAGAAGUUUGACGCAUUUUUCAGAUUGCUGAUCAGCGGAACAGAUAAAGAUCACCCCAAACCCAACAACAUCAAGAUGACCAAGGUAACAGGACGAUUUUAUUCUCGAGUAUUGUACAAAACCAGGCCAGUGAAGUUAUAAUAAUCCAACGAGGAAAGUGUGCUGUUGAUAUGGCGUUUUGUACUCAGGAUCGAGAGGUCAUUGUUCUGCGUUCCUGUUUAUGAUACUCUCUUCGUUUCACUGUAUAUUUUUCCGCUCAGGAGUAUAAAUGGGCACCAAAAAACUGUCUGGAAGACCUGAAGAAAUUCUUGACUAAGGGGGGGGAGGGGGGGGGGAGAGGGCGGGCGGUGUGAAUCUGUAAUGGAACAGUUCCUCAUAGAGGGGGAGUGGCAGUAUUUAGGUCUGAACUUACUCAUGAAGUAAAACCAAAUGAAUAUUCUUUCUUUUAGCAAAAUGUGUUUCCUGAUCGUGGAACUGUAUACGACUUUUAUUUCGUGAAACAAGCCAGUGGCUCAUGGAACAACUGGAUUGAAAGAGUAGACAAAGCAAAGAGUGCCAUUCCAAAGGAUGCAAAGGUGUGUUGUCGUCUGCCCCUUCCCUAAAGCUUCCUGUUAUUCCUGCGGGUUGUAACUUGCCCUAUUUACAGUGGCACAGGCCUCUGUUGAUAUGUUGUUCCUCGCAUGAAGACUUCACUUUUUAAGCCCGGCAAUACAUGGCCCUAGAAAAUUGGUUUUUUUUCUUUUUGCUCAAAAGGAAGCUUAGAAGGUCUCAGUUUUUCAUCUGACUGGUUGUCAUUUCUAUACUCGGGUCAGAGGAUAAUAAGAAGCUUGUUUUCCAAUUCGAAAAUUAGCUCAAUUUACUCAAGUAAUUGUCUCAGUCUAACCUAUCCAAUUAGUACGAACCUGUACUAAGCGGCACUGUAUUAAGCGGGUCGGUUUUCAAAGGCCUGAAUUUUUUUCAUCCUAGUCACCGUUGUUUUCACCUCUGUUAAGCGGUCACCUCUAUUAAGAGGACGUGGUCACCAAUGAGCGAGUCCUCAUGGCCUGUUUGUAUUGUCCUCGACCUGUGCUGAACUGUCACUUAUUGUAGAACCACUCAAACAAAACUAAGAAUAAUCUCUCAGAUAAAAUUAAAUCCAUGUUUAUCUUCCGAAGUCAAAAUUAUAAAUAUUCUCGAGCGAGUUUCUGUAAAUUGAGAGAUGGUGCAGGUUUGACUGUAUUAAAACAUUUUCAACUUGAAUUUUCACUCAAAUGAAAAUUUGUCCCAUGGGAGUUAGACUUUGGAAUAGCUAGGAUAGAAAAGCACCAGGAUUUUAAAAAGUUUAAAACAAGGAUUUUAACACUUUGUCGGAUUGACAGGUCAGCGAGCUGAUGAUUCCUACAGAUGAAACUGCUCGGCAGAUGUUUUUCUUGGAAGCUUUCCUCACUCAUGGGAAACCAUUGCUGUUUAUUGGUCCGACGGGAACAGGAAAGUCCGCCAUUACUAACAACUACAUCGUGAGGAUGCCGAAAGAAAAGUAAGCUGUCCACGAUUGUGUUGGUUAUUUUUGUAUAUGAAAGAAGUAUUGAUUGAAGAAUUUGAGAGGUGAAUUAAGAACGAUAUCCAUUUACACCCCUUCUGGUUAUUGUAAAGACUAAAUAAAUGAUUAAUAGAAUACAUAAAUAUAUAACACUGGCUUGGAGACCUUUUGAAGAUUACAUGUUUGUAAGCAAAAGACAGCUUUUACAUUUAAUUUCAAUCGUUUAAUUAGUUUGACUGAUGCAAGAUUUUCGUCAAAGACACAAUUGAGUUGGCCAGCCGUUUCACAUUUUGAAAGUCAAGACGAAGUCUGAAUUCAAUAAGGAUAAAGCUGUGAUAAAUUUAUGACGAAUUAUUGCAUAUAUUUCAGGUAUCUUCCGAUCAACAUAAAUUUCUCAGCGCGAACCAGCGCAGGCCAGUCCCAAGACAUCAUUAUGGCCAAGCUGGACAGGUGAGACUGAUCAACUUGAAAAUUCUUUAACUUGGCCACGAACGUUCAUAUACUUCUUAGGAGAAUAUCAGUGUUUAUCACUAUGGUUAACUUCACCUAAUUUCUCGUAUUUUUUUAUAUCCUUUAACCCUUUUUUCGUAGUAUUAAGUGAUUAUAAGCGUAUUUCUUGAAUCAAAUUUUCAAAUUGAAAGCAAAACAGCAAUGAUAGUGUCAUUUGACAAUCUAAUUGUAAACUUCUGGCCAUGUUCAUCUAUUGCAGGCGUCGUAAGGGAGUGUACGGUCCCCCUCCCGGUAAGAAAUGUGUUGUGUUUGUCGAUGAUCUCAACAUGCCGUCUAAGGAGAAAUAUGGUGCCCAGCCCCCUAUUGAGUUGUUGAGACAGGUAAGGUUGCGAAUUAGUUGGAAAAUCGCGCAUGCCAGAAACUGGCUUUUGAAUCCAUGGCAAUAGUUGACCCAAUUAAAAUGACGGUAAUGAAGGAAAAAAAAUAUAAGAAAGCGGUGAUGUCUUCUAUUCACCACAAGGGUUAUAUAGCAAAGUUAAGCAGGCAAGUCUUACUAAAGAGCGCUAAACACAAGUAACGAGGCUACUAUAGGGUAUAUUUCACAAAAUACAUUUUUGCUUGGCCAUAGAACGACAUCAUUUUCCACCUGAAUACCGGUACGUGUCCUCAAAUAAAGCUUUGUUGCUCUAAACGUCUAUUUCCUCCUUUUGCAGCGUUGUUUGUCGGGAGUUUUCUAACCUUAACCUCUGUGGUUAAGUCCUAACCUGAGCAGUUAUCCCCGUCAUUUUUCGUUUAAAACGACACUUCCCUCAGUUUCCGGUGUUGCUAUGGUUUCGCGCUUGGGCCCGCAGAAGUUCGUUACAUGCCAAGACUUGUCAGACCUGUCGUAUUCAAUCGGUUUUGACUUUGUUAAAAAAUCUUAACGUCUUGCUUUUACACCACAUUUUGAAACCAGAAGUCUUGCAAACUAUAAUAAAUUUGUCAUACGUUGCAUGCUUGUAUUUUGCGUUAAAAUUAAUUUUGUUCUUUUGUCCAACAGUGGUUGGAUCAUUCUCAUUGGUAUGACCGCAAGGAUACAUCCAAAUUGGAACUCAUGGAUAUGGUGGGUAGUCUUUGUAAUUUACAAACAACUUUAUUGGCAAAAUAAACAUUAAUUUUUAUUGUAAGAGUUUGUGGGAAAUAAGAUUUUCUCAUGUUAAGUAUGUUUGAAAAGGUUUUUGUCCGACAUUUCGUAUUAUAGUAAUUUUUUUUUGGGAAAAAAUCCAUCUCUAUCCAUUUGGCGACCGAACUAAAAAAGUUUACCAUCCUUCUCUAUCUCUUUCACACACGGCGCUUUUAGUCGUGGAAAGGAAAGUGCAGGACGCACGUCACAUGUUAACAUAUGAAUAUGUAGCUCAGUAGAGGAGCAUCGAAGAUUGAACUUUGAAGGUGUACGGUUCGAUCCCUCAUGGGGACUCGAUUUUUUUUCUUUACCCCACACUCGUGAGAAAUGAGUAGCACCUUGUGAUGCUUAUUCGACGAUCAAACUAGAUAAGAAUUAACGUCCUUCUUCAUCUUAGCUGUAUGGAAGAAGUGCCAUUGUCUACGGGGUUGAUCUGUCGAUAUUCCACUGUAUUCUAGUACAAAGUAUACAAACCUUUUCAAGCCUCAUCUAUUUCUUUAUUUCAGCUGUUCGUGUCAGCCAUGGGACCCCCCGGUGGCGGCCGUAAUGAUAUCUCUGACCGGUUUACUCGCCAUAUGAAUAUCAUAUCCAUUGACUCAUUUGAUGAUAACACCAUGACCAAAAUAUUCACCUCCAUUGUGGACUGGCACUUUGCCAAAGGAUUUGACUCUUCCUUUGGAAGACUGGGAAAGGUAAGGCCGAUGUUACCAUGGGGUGCGUAUCCGUACAUGCACUUUGAUGAAAAUUCUGAAAUGAAAUGAGUAGAUUUGGAUUUUGGUAGUGCUGGAUUCACGAGGUAGGACUGCGGCUGCUUUUAUUCGGUAAAAUUGUUCAUAGGGGUGUUGAGCUUUUGGAGUGAGGAAACGCGUAGGUUUGAUUGCCACCGAUUUCUCGAGUUCGUUCUUCGAUCCACUUCCUCUUCGGGAAGAAGCGCGGGCUUGUUUCCCGAAUAGCAGUUAAUAAACGAGCCUUAGAAAGCAGAGAGCCUGGAGAAAACCUCUGGAGCAAGGACGAGAACAAAAACAAAACAACUCGAUUCAAACUCGAUCCAAACAGCGCGAGAAUGAAAAUGAAGUGUCAAAGGGUAGUUUAAUGGCUUUACGAGUUGUUAAAAUCUUGAUUAACAUUUUUGAAAUAGCAUACUUUGGGAUUCUUACAGAUCCUUGUUCAAGCAACAAUGCACGUGUACAAGUCUGUCGUGGAGAAAUUCCUUCCCACCCCCAGCAAGUCACACUACGUCUUUAACCUGCGUGACUUCGCGCGUGUCGUGUUUGGAGUGCUCCUUGUUCCCUCCACGCACCUCCAAGAGGGAGACAAGUUGAUUAGACUGUGGAUCCACGAAGUGUACCGAGUGUUUUACGAUCGGCUAAUCGACAACAACGAUCGAGUGAUGUUCUUCGAGAUGAUGAAAGAGACAACUAAACAACAGUUUAAGAAAGAUAUGGAUGGCUUACUGGACCACAUUGUACCAACAGGGCAGAAACUCAAGGAUGAUCAUAUCAGGUGAUUUUUUUUGUCUUUUUAGAACGUUUUGUGGACACAAAACCAAGAUGAUCACAGCAACCACUCAGAAUAAAAUAGAUCUCACAGGAAACGAAUGAGAACUCGAAGUAGAAAACGGCAAGCUGCUUGAAGCGCGGAAAAACGCUGGUAACCAAGUCGUGACAGGUUUUGGCAAUGCAAAGUGAGGUCAAACUAGUGCAAUCCUGCAUUGCUUUAGCAGAAAUGAUCUUGAUCCUGGGCCGUAGAAAGUAUGUUUUCUCCCCUGAAGAAAAAACUCUCGCUGAUGCGCAAAAAAGCCCCUUUAAAAUGAAACUCUCGCGAAAUUUACACUGAUGCCACAAGGUGUCAUAUGUUGAUUGUGUUAUGUUGUUGGUGUUUUUCAGGAGUUUAUUUUUUGGUGACUACAUGGUCCCAGAUAGCGCUGAACGAAUCUAUGAUGAAGUUACUGAUAUAACAUUGUUGACUCAACAGAUGGAAGGGUAUGUGAACAUUUAUUACUCACUUUGUUGCUUUUUUUGCCGAGAAUCGGUUUUGAUCACCAUUAUGUGAAGAAGCCUUCGUAAGCUGAUGUUUUCAGUUUGUAGUCGUGUAAUACUUUUUAAAGGUCUGCCGGUUUCUCUAGAGCGUCCGUGACGCGCGCUUCUCGUGUGAUUGCAGGUAUUUAGAUGAGUUUAAUCAGAUGAGCAAGACGCCCAUGUCUCUUGUUAUGUUCAAGUUUGCCAUUGAACACAUCUCGCGAGUAGCUCGAGUGUUGAAACAAGACAAUGGACACGCUCUUCUUGUUGGUAAGCACUUGGACUGUUGUGACGCAGAUUUCAGUGAAACCAAUUUUUUUUUCGAUUGAAUGUUAUAAGAGUAAACCUAUGUUAUUACUUUGGCCUAUCUGUACAAGGGUAGAAAACAAAAAAAAGUUCAACCCGGAAACAGGCAAACUGCCUAACGCGCGGAGAAUUCUGAUAUACUUCGGCACGGGAUUAGUGAUCGUUUUUUCGUCUGAUUGUUUGGGAAGGUGCUGUGGCGCGCGUUCUCAAGACCAGUCACGUAGCUGAUUGAAGCAAAUUGAUUGCAAUGCUGUCAGUAAUCUCGAUACUCAAAAUUGCUUUACUUGAAGAUAGUUAUUGUACCAAUCAACCAAAGCGCAGUUCUUGAUGACCAAUCUCUUUAAUAGAGAGUAGCAUAAACAAGAAAUAGGAAGUCUUGGAAAACAACGGAAAAGUAACGAAAACCAAAUAUAAAGAGGCACGUUCUCUCGCGCUAAAUAAUUAGUAAAUAAAGCAGAAAGUGCUUUAUUUUCAUAUAUUUGUAGUAAUCUUGUAAGUAUUGUUUUUCAGGUAUCGGAGGUAGUGGUCGUCAAAGCGCAACCCGUUUGGCUACAUUCAUGGCGGACUAUGAUCUUUUCCAAAUUGAGAUCACUAGAAACUACACCAAGAAUGAAUGGAGAGAGGACGUCAAAAAGGUAGCAGAAAGGAUUUUUCGGUUUCACUCAAGCAUUGUUCAUUAUACAACAAUUCUUACCACUGUGAAGUUUGAACCUUGAGCGUCCAAAUUAGUAUAAUCUCUUCAGUUUAAAAGUGUCAUCCUGUAGUAGUCAUCUAUUUGUUUGUCGUUUAUCGCAGAGGGUAUCGAUUAGAUGACACUUGUUUUUGACGGUUGAAUAACUUUCCACUUUCUUGCAGAUGCUGAUCAAAGCCGGAGUGGACGGAAAGCAAACAGUGUUCCUAUUCAGUGACAAUCAAAUCAAGGAAGAGUCAUUUGUGGAGGACAUCAACAUGAUUCUGAAUACUGGUGAUGUUCCAAACAUCUUUCCCGCAGAUGAGAAGGCGGACGUUAUUGAAAAGAUGCAAACUGUGGCCAGAGUAGAGGUAAGGAAAAACAAAGCAGUGAACUUGAGCUUUAAUAUAGACGCAAAAGAGCCUCAGAGAUCAUUUGUGAGGGACAUUUAAUCCAAGUCCACACGGUCUUUUCCCUUAAUAUUCAAGAAAGAACCCUUGACCAGUAAAAUAUGAAGCCAAAAAGGCCCCAGUUAUAGCUUGUUGCCUUAAACAGUCAAAAUAUUUUCUAAUUAAAGCGUGAAUAACUUAAUUAUUGUUAGUGAAUGAUCCUACGUAUGGUCCGUUUGCCGGUAGAGGAAAUGAUCUUUUAUGACAUCCAAAGUAAUAAUUAUAUCUAAUUUUCUGCUGAAUCAAAACCUUUGUAAAUCACUGAAUACGAGGUAUGCGAAAAAACGCACAAAAACCACAAGUCAAACGCGUGCGCGCGCAAUGAAAUCUGUACUCGAGCUGACGUGUGCAGACGUCAUCGCAUUUGAUGAUUGUGACGUCAGUUAAAUCCGUUUUUCUUCUCUAGGAACAAGGCUGGUUAAAACCACAACCGAUCAAAAGCUAACUUUUUCACGCCUGAGCUAACGUGUCUCUAGAGGAAAUCAGCGCUACGUUGGCGACCGCCUUAUUGAAACCACCUAGCUAGUCUGUAAACCGCAUUCUUCAUUUUAACAGUGUUUUGGAAAGAAGAAGAGACACAAGAAAGAAGAAAGCUUUGAAUACAAAGAAACUGCAUGAACAAUUUUCUUUCAAUGAUUUGUUUCAGCGCGCAUCGGAAGCAAACGUGUUUUCCUUACAAUACAGCGAACAACCGUUUAAAAGUAAGAAGCACCUCAUUUACAAAUGUUUUGAACUCAUACAGUGUUUUUUUUUCUUGCAGGGCCGUAAAAUCGACGCCACCCCGCUGGCGAUGUACAACUUCUUUAUCGAGCGAGUUCGUGCAAACCUUCAUGUGGUGUUGGCUAUGAGUCCUAUUGGUGAUGCUUUCAGAAGCCGAAUGCGAAUGUUUCCUUCGCUCAUCAACUGCUGUACCAUCGACUGGUUCCAGGUAAAAACAUCAGAGACUUUCAGUGAAUAGACACAUCUAGGGUUCGUCAGAGCGCAAACAACGAAAGGAGUGAAUAAUCCGUAAUACUGAGCACCAACAUUUCAAACAAGUGAUUUUAUCUCUUUACUUUUUUUAAACACUGCAUCUAUGUCAACUUGCGUUGUUUAUUUUCCAGUUUAUUUAAAUUUGAGGGUCAUAGGUUUAUUGGUUCGCAACUGUUUAGUGUUACCGUCUGAAAUUAUGUCUUAUUUUUUAGUAUUAUUAUUAUCAUUAUUAUUAUUAUUUCUUUGCUCUAUUCCGCUUUCCCGCUUUUUUCUUUUGAAUGUUUCGCGUCCCUUUGCCGAUAUUAUUUAAACGUUGUUUAUUGACUGAACGGUAGGGAAAGGCUCUUCCCAAUACUUCACAGUUUAUUAAUACUUUUCUUGGAAAGGUCCAAAGCUUAGCUGAGCUGAAAACGCAGCGACGUAUACCAAAAUGCAACUUAGACAGGUUCACUGACGCUGUAGUCAGGUUCCCAUGAUUAUCGAACAUAAAUUUGUAUGCGCGACAUAUCCGUCAUGAGUUAACAGAGUGAAAGAUCUGUGGGUAGAUUCCUGUAACAAAUUAUGUCUUUGUGUCCCAGGCGUGGCCGGAAGACGCACUGGAAAUGGUGGCCAAUAAAUUUCUUGAAGAAGUGGACAUGGCUCAUGAAGUUCGUAAGGAAUGUGUGUACAUGUGCAAGUAUUUCCAUGAGAGUGUCAGAGAAUUAUCAGACAGGUGAGUAUGUUACAACUUAUUUAUGAUAGGCAAUAAGAAAGGUUUUUAGAGCGCUUUUCGGUUGAGUUUCGUCAUCCAAAACCAAAAAGGAUCCAUCUACAGCUUAUCAUCUUUCGUUUUUCCACAGCUUUUACGAUUCUCUCAGACGCCGAAAUUACGUCACGCCAACGUCAUAUCUUGAACUCAUCAUGACGUUCAAGAAACUCUUGGACAUCAAAAGGCAAGAAAUAAUGACACUCAAACAGCGUUACGUCACAGGUCUGGAGAAGUUGGACUUCGCUUCCUCCCAAGUAUCUGUCAUGCAACAGGAGCUCAGUGAUCUGCAACCAGAGCUCAUCAAGACUUCGGCGGAGACGGAAAAGCUGAUGAUAAAAAUUGAACAAGACACUGUUGAAGUUGAAGCUAAGAAAGAGGUGAGGCCGCGAUGGGUUUUUUCAAACGAUCUGAUUUUCGAGAAAGUCUAACUGAGAUUUUUCUUAAUUGCCAUAUAUUUCUAUUAUACUUACUGUCAGGGAAUAAUAUUUCUUUCCUUUUUGUUGUUUUUUUUUAUCAUUUAUUGUGUAAAUGGUUUUUUUAAAUUUUGUUUUUCGAUAUGAGUUGUGAACCUGUAACUUAUUAACCCUUACAUUCCCUGAAGUGAGUAAGGUGUAACUUCUCCUUAUAAUUUCCAUAUACAAUCCAGCAAACACGUAGUGAGAAUACUCAAACAUAUCAUUUAGAAGUUGUUAUCGUGAUCGAAUACCAAAUUUUCCCAACUGAAUUGACAAUCAGAUCUUGGGAGUUAAAGGGUUGAAUAGUUCGAGUCAAAUAACUUCAAGUGUUUAUGUGUAGACAUUGUGCUUGUUGUCGUAGCUGUAGUUAAAGAAGAAAUUUUUUGGCUUCCUGAAACUUAAAAUGCACACAAAAAAACUGAAACAGGUUUAAGCUUUUUGGAAAACUUCAAAACUUUUUAAAUUAUAAGUUUGGAUACCUCGUGGUCGUGUGUCCAGAGUAAAAACUGGGGUUUUUCAAUAAAAGUGUUAUUAGUAUGGCAUUUCUUGAUUGUUCACUCUGGACUGUUAGGUUGUGGCAGCUGAUGAGGCGGUAGCAAGUGAAGCAGCAGCUGUAGCCAAAGGAAUAAAAGAGGAAUGCGAGAGUGACUUGGCAGAAGCCAUGCCGGCGCUAGAGGCCGCCAUGCAGGCCCUGAACACACUCAAACCAAGUGACAUUAGUAUGGUUAAAACAAUGAAGGUAAUGGUUUUUUUUUUUUUACUCCGUGAAAAUAAUACCACUGCUGAUUGCGUUUGCAGUAAAUGUAGUUCUUCAUCUAUCUUUGAAACGGAGAAUGUAUGCUUUUUAACCAGUCAAAAUUGAAAGUAAUGAAAAUUUGCGUUACAUGCGUUUUCUGUUGCUUGCUACCAGGGGCCGGUUGUUGUAAAGGUGGUUGGCGAUUUUUCAGGAUUAGAAAUUAAUGUUUGUCUCUGCUUCUAACAGCGCUUGGAGUGACUAUCGUCUUUUGAGGCAUCCUCAAAAAGCGGCUUUAGGACAUGACUGAUUUUAUCUUAUUUGAUUGGUUAGAUCAGCUGGGCAGAAUUGGAUGUUUAACUUUAAAAUUAUGCUGAAAAAAUUUUGAUUUUUUUUCCGUGUAUAAAUAAAGUUACCAAUCAAUCAAUCAAUACUAUCUUAGUUGAAGGCAGAAACUGGAAUACGUUGUAACAGUGAAAUUGGUUAAAACGCAGCAGUAUCAUAUUAAUUGAAAACUUACCCAAAACCUGGGUUAGCCUAAUUGUAUGUUGAAUUUUCCUUUGAAACCCCUUGCCUUGCACUAACGCAUUGCGUGCCUACAUUUUGUAGAACCCACCUGCUGCAGUGAAGCUGGUCAUGGAAGCUGUAUGUAUCAUGAAAGGCCUCAAACCCGAAAGAAAGCCUGAUCCCUCGGGCUCGGGACGAAUGGUGGAAGACUACUGGGGUCCUUCUCAGAAGAUGCUGGGAGACAUGAAAUUCUUGGAGUCUUUGAAAGUUUAUGACAAGGACAACAUUCCAGCCGCCAUUAUUAAAAAGAUCAGAGAGAAGUAAGUUGUUCGUUUUGAGGUUUGCUUCUUUUAAAUUGACUUCGUUGGUGAGGAAGCAUUUCCCUUCUCUUUUUAUUAAAUGAUAUUUAGUUUUUACAUGGUGCUAAAGGUAAUUUCUACGAGCUCUAAAUUGCAUCGUGGUAGAUCUUGUUAUCAUAUAUUGGCGAAAUCACUUCUUCAUAACGAAAUUAGUUUUCAAGCGUCAUACUUAAUAAUGAAAAUUUUUUGGUUUUAAAUGCUCAUACUCUCGACUUGUUAGAAUUUCUGUGUUGCUUUGAGUUUUCUCUUGCUCUUAGCAGAAAUUCAGUUGGGUAGAGCCGAAAUUUAUGUACAUUUUUGUCGCAUUCCUUCCAACAUGUCUUUUUGCUAUCAUUUUUUUUCCAGAUAUGUAACCAAUCCUGAUUUUGACCCCAAUAACAUUCGUUCAGUCUCUUCAGCCUGCGAAGGACUAUGUAGAUGGGUGCGCGCUAUGGAAGUGUACGAAAGGGUGGCGAAGGUACGCUUGUAUUAUGUUUCCCUUAAGUCAUUAUGACAACGGGAUUCUUCGUUGGUGCUGUGCGUCUUCAGUUUUAACGAUUCACUAAGGGAGAGUACGAAUUUACAUAACAGAGGGUAAUAAUCCGGGAAGCGCGCCUAUGUAAUGUUACGAAGUACUAUAUAUAAAGAGUAGUUUUACCUUGUGACCAUAAUUUUGCUAUUCUUUAUGGAGUGGACGACGUGUACGUAGUAACGGACUCUGUUCUUACUUCUAUUGACUUCCAUGACACGAAAGGUUCUUUUUCUCUUCGUUCAGGUUGUCGCCCCCAAGAAGAUAAAGCUUGCUGAAGCAGAGGCCGAACUUUCCGUGCAAAUGGAGAAAUUAAACGCCAAGCGAGCUCAACUGAAAGAGGUUAGUUAUUGCCAAGUUCUUAAUAACAGAUACAUCUACAUCCUCAUACACUUGCACUAUCUUCUUUUAGUAUAUACUGAAGGAGUGGACAGGUUUGAAGGUUCGCUCUGAUUGUCCACUUAAACUCCGAAUGUCCUUUGCGUUUCACCUCCGUGCAACUCGUGGGAUUUGGGCCCGAAAAUGUAAUUGUAAUCGUUGCAGGAAUAAUCAACUGGUAACUCUAUUCUUUUUAAAACAUAACAUAACGCCAUGUACGUUUUUUAGAUCAAAUUACACCGUAGGGCAAACUAUGGUGAGAACUCUAUUAAUUUGCAUUGUUCCUAUUGGCUCUUGGAAGCACUGUCUGAUAACCGUUCACCUUUAUUCAUUAAUAACCUUUUGGACCUUCUUUUUCUUGCGAAGGUUGUCGAUAAACUUCAAGCACUGAAUGACGAAUUUGAUGCAAUGACCAACAAGAAGAAAGAAUUAGAGGCCAACAUUCUGAUCUGCGAACAAAAGCUGGACCGAGCCGAAAAACUGAUUGGAGGACUGGGCGGCGAGAAAGACCGCUGGACUGAAGCGGCGCGGGUGCUGGGUGAGAGAUAUGACAGGAUCACCGGUGAUGUGCUUCUGUCCUCUGGGGUGGUGGCGUAUUUGGGCCCUUUCACUGUGGACUUUAGAAACGUAAGUUGAAACAUGUUGCAUAGAGCAAUGUUUUAAAAAAAACAGCUCACAAAAAUUGUGUAAUGAUCUUUUUUUACAUCAUCUUAUCACAAUAUUGCAUCCUUAAGGCUGAUAUUAAGCUUAAAUUGUGAGUUACAUCGUGCACUUCUUAGCCACACAAAGGUGUCCUGUGAAAGUGUAGCCAUGUCCACGGUUUGUAUAGAAAGUUGCGUUUCGGCUCAUUCGAAACAAUGUUAACUUUAGCUUGCGUUUUUGAACAUGAGUUUCCAACUGAGUUGGAGUCACUCCUUAAAAACAGUGUAUCUUAUUUCUGUUUUCGCUCUCUGUUCUCAGGACUGUAUAUCCAGUUGGGUAGAACAAUGCAAUGUUAAAAAGAUCCCCUGUUCGGAAUCGUUCUCUUUGAACGCGACUCUUGGUAGUCCGGUUAAGAUUCGCGCGUGGAACAUUGCUGGUCUUCCUGUGGAUUCGUUCUCAGUUGACAAUGGUAUUGUUGUGGACAACGCACGAAGGUGGCCGCUUAUGAUAGAUCCUCAAGGUACGUUUGAAGUUCAAGAUCAACAACUCAAUUCUUUACACAGUUUUCUACACAGCUUGCAUUAUUUUUGUAGAGAGAAUUUGUAGCUAGAUCUAUCUGUGUUUUAUCGUGUUAUAUUCAGGUCAAGCCAACAAAUGGAUCAAGAACAUGGAGAAAGAAAACAAACUGUCCGUUAUCAAGCUUUCUGACUCAAACUAUAUCCGUACCCUGGAAAACAGUAUUACGGUGAGAGAAGAGUGAAAAAAAAAUCGUAAAAAAGGACGAGUUUUGUUUGUAUCGUGAGGGGUCCGUUAGGAGGGGGAAAACUCGAGGGCAAAAAUCUAAACUUUAUGAUAAGGAAAGUUUUCUAAAGGUGGUUCGCACUGAAUAAGAGCAGCGGAGUGGGUGUGAAAGUUCACGGUCCACCAAGAGUUGCAACUUGAAGUGGUUAGUUGUUGUUUACUUACAGCGCAUGCUGAAUUAGCCCCUCAGUUGUGAUCUGAGCAACACGUUUUUCUCUGGUAAACGUUCCUUUCCAGCUAGCAUGACUCUGAAUUAGUGAAAACUCCUCUCUUUGUUUUCUUUGUUUAGUCCUUAGCUUCAGCGUAAACGGUUAUAGCAUGGACUUUUGAGUCGAAUUGUAAAACUUCUCUUUGUGCCAGUAACAAAAACAAUGAACGGAUUUAUGAUCACCGCAUUUCUAUGGUAGAUCGCCUCAGUUUUAAGCAAAAAGACACCCAGGAGAAAACCCAAACCCUCAAAGUAGUCGAAACUUUCAGAAGUAUAAUGAAUUUUUCUUAAUGAGUUGUUCGGUGUAUUUAGUUUGGUACGCCAGUGUUGAUGGAAAAUGUUGGAGAAGAAUUGGAUCCUAUACUUGAACCGCUGCUCCUAAAACAGACUUUCAAACAAGGCGGUGUAGAGGUAUGUUGUUCCUUAGGACCCGAAAAGUUUUGGGGAUUAAAUAAAAAUUAAGCUGAUAUCAUCAUAGAAUGAAGGGGGUAGUUUUCUAAGGAUACUGUGGUACUGAAUCGGUGGAGGAUAUAAAAAGAUGAUUAGGUUUUAUCAACUGAGUUGAUAAUGUAAAUUGUAAGAGUUUCUAAGGCUGAAGUUUCGAGCGUUAGCCCUUUGUGUGAUUGAAUGUUGAUAAAACCAAAUCAUAAUCUUUGAAUGAUAAACCAUUCUGUUUUCCGUGAAGUGGUGAUUGGUUGUGCCUCAACUAGUAAUAAAUAGAAGUCUUGUCAGUCAAUAUCUUUAUUUGUCGUUUUAUCUUGCUUAGUACCUCAAACUCGGCGAAAACAGCAUUGAGUACUCACGUGACUUCCGAUUUUACAUCACGACGCGCCUGCGUAAUCCGCAUUACCUGCCGGAAAUUUCUGUCAAGGUGACACUUGUGAACUUCAUGAUCACUCCCCUGGGUCUGGAGGAUCAAUUGCUGGGGAUUGUGGCCGCUAAAGAGAAACCUGAACUUGAGGAAAAGAAGAAUCAGCUUAUUUUGGAAAGUGCUGCAAAUAAAAAACAGGUGCGUUAUGAAUAGUGUACUGGAGGGAAUUGGGAUGCUAAGGUCCUGAGGUAAUAGCUACCCCUGGGAUUUUCAUGAUGAUAAGACAACAUGAAAUACCUCCAGAAAUCUGUAACACAUCAGUACUCCUUCCCCCCACAUUCCCUGUCCCUUGAUAUGAACACUCAUAUCAAGGAGCAGGGAAAAAAACAAAGAAUACUCAUGACCACAAACGAGGCUAGUUGAAAAAAAUUUAGAGGAGAAUUUGUUUGACUUCUUGGCUAUUUAUUUAUUUCAUAUACAUGUAUUUAUCCAUUUGUUUGUUUACUUUUAGCUCAAAGAAAUUGAAGAUAAGAUUCUAGAGGUCUUGUCGUCGUCUGAGGUAACUUUUUUAUUCUUUUAAUGAUAUGAUUUACUUUAAAAAGGCGAUAUAUUCUUUGAACAUUACCUAAUAACAAACGGUAUGACUUCAUUCACAUCAGCGUACUCAUUUUUUUGAAAGGAAAACGUAAGGGUUUGUAGCUAGAGCUUAACUAGGUUCAAGAUUAUUUUAACUUGGCAGCUUUAGAAGUCAGUUGAAGUCCAACUCCCUUGAAACGUUUCUCAAAAUAGUUCCCUUUCAUUUUAUAUAUCACUUAUUUGUUUUUAUUUGUGCUUGUUUUUUUUUACAAAGGGAAAUAUCCUUGAGGAUGAAACUGCAAUCAAGAUCCUUUCGUCGUCUAAAGUUCUCUCCGAAGAAAUCUCUGCUAAGCAGGUUAGAAAAUUCAGUCCAUACACACAAUGACGCCCCACUAACUCUGAAUUUUAGAAGAAAACAUAUUCUUACCUGCAGUGUGCAAAUGUUAGUGCAGGUUAGCCAGUCUCACGUUCAUAGUUUCCCAGACUCUUUGUUGAACGACUUAUUUAUCUCACUCAGUUUGAUCUAAUUUUUUCAGAUUACGAAAGAUUGUCUGACAUGUCAUUGCCAAAACAAUUCAUAUAAUAUUAUACUAAAUGCAACUUCGUUUAUACUCUUUUGGCUACAGUCCCUCUUCUAUCGCUUUCAAAAAGAACGAGGUCCAAAGAUUGCUGUAAAAUGUUGAUGUUUAACAGUGAAUGUCAACACACUGUCUUGUGGACGCUUUACCUGAUAUUUUCCAUUCUACGUUUUUCGACGUAAAAGCAGCGCCUUUGGAUAAAUGUAGCAAGUAUGAACCUUAAGGCAUUAACUAUUUUACUUGAUCCGCAUUAAUUUUUAGGAAAUCGCCACGGCAACGGAGAAAGAAAUAGACGAAACACGUAACGGCUACAAGCCUGUCGCAGUACACUCGUCCAUAUUGUUCUUCUGUAUCUCGGACCUGGCCAAUAUUGAGCCUAUGUACCAGUAUUCACUCGCUUGGUUUAUUAACCUGUACCUCCAGGUAUGGAGUAAUGGAGUGCGCAUGUCACUUUUCUUUAUAGCCAAAUAAUGGUGUAAAGUGCACCUUGAUUUGUCGGUUGUUCGCCUGUUACUCCGUUUCGUUUACUUUACAUUAUAACUUUUUUCUUUGAAUUUCGUUCUGUAACAGUCUAUCAGCAACAGCAGGCCUUCAGCUGACUUGGAAGAAAGAAUCGGAAAUUUGAACGAUCACUUCACGCAAAGCGUUUACUCUAACGUGUGCCGCUCAUUGUUUGAGAAAGACAAGCUGUUGUUUUCAAUUACUCUUACCAUCGGCAUCUUGAAGGGAAGGUAAGUUAGAGUAUUUCUACACGAGUAUAACAGAUUAAAAAUAGAGUGCGUGUUUUUGUUAGUCAUAAGAGAAUAGAGUGUAGAGGUUACAUUAUUGGCAUAAUCGCGAAAUGAUAAAAGCUUGGUUGAGUCUAAACUCCCGGGCGUCUGCCUAUCCUCUGGAGGGAGGGGGGGGGGGGGACCCGGUACCAUACAGGUAGUCACGUUCGAUUUCCGACCGAAACCUCCAGAAUCAAUCCCGAGCGUUAUUAUCAUGUUUUGCUCUCGGGAAAGACACUAAACUUUCGCAAUGCUCCACUAUACCACUAUACCCAUUUAUAAAGGGAUAUAAAUAUUUGAUUGAUCAAUAUAACAGAGUCCUUACUACCAUACUUGAGACUCAUGCUCCACUGCAAAAAAAGUUAGUUACUUUGCGUCCCGCUGCACCUUGGUAUUCUGAGGAGAUAAAUAAUUUAAAGAGAUCCCGUAGAAAACUUGAACGACGCUGGCGAAUGACCAAACUUCCUUCUGAUCGUAAGUUGUUUAUUGAGGGAUGUGAUGCUGUCAACAACUUAAUUCGUGAUUCCAAGAAGAAUUAUUUCGCAUCAUUAAUCAAUGAGAAUCAGUCAAAUUAUAAACAGCUUUUUAAGAUAAUUGAUAAACUACUACAAAGGAAAACAGAUAUUCAAUAUCCCCCCUGCAAAUCGCCCACUGAUCUUGCUAACAAGUUUAUUAAGUACUUCACUACAAAGAUAGAUAGAAUACGGGGUAAUAUAACGUCUGCUGCUUUCUCUCAUCGAGAUACAGUUGCUGUUGUUGACAACGCCUGUCCAUAUUCUUUUGAUACUUUCAAAAUGGUAACAGCGGAUGAAGUUCAUACAUGUAUCAUGAAUCUGGCUGCUAAGUCAUGUGCUCUUGAUCCUCUUCCUGGUUAUGUUACAAGAAAUGCACUUAGUGUUCUGUUGCAUUUCAUUUCCAAAAUCAUAAAUAUCUCAUUGGAAUCUGGUCAGAUGCCUUCGCAACUCAAGGUUGCAAUGUUACGCCCGCUCCUUAAGAAAUCUUCUUUGGAUCAUACUCAAUUCUGCAAUUAUCGUCCUGUAUCGAAUCUUUCAUUUAUUAGCAAAGCAAUUGAAAAAUUGGUAGCUAAUCAACUUAUCUCCUACAUUAACGAAUAUGAGUUAAAUGAGACACUCCAGUCGGCGUACAAGAAAUAUCACAGUGCUGAAACUGCACUUAUUCGUGUUCACAAUGAUAUUCUUUCUGCCAUUGAUAAUCGUCGAAUCGUAAUCUUACUGUUAUUAGACCUUUCCGCUGCCUUCGAUACAGUCGAUCAUACCAUCCUCCUCUCUCGUUUACGUGUACGGUUUGGGAUAGCUGGGAAGCCUCUAUUAUGGUUGCAAUCUUAUUUAUCGAAUCGCACGCAAUAUGUCUCCGUUGAUGGUGGUACUUCGACGAAAAUGACCUUAAAUGUGGAGUGCCACAAGGAUCUGUCUUGGGACCCAUUUUGUAUUUGCUUUAUACUUCACCGCUUUCAGAUAUCGUAAAGAAAUUUAACCUGAGCUAUCAUUUUUUAUGCUGACGACUCACAGCUUUACUUGUCUUUCCAACCAACCGUACUGGGUGAUAGGGAUCAAGCGGUUUCUAGCAUCGAGAGCUGUGUGGAUGAAAUCAGUCAUUGGAUGAUGGUUAAUCGUCUUAAAUUAAAUAAAGACAAAACUGAAUUAUUGGUAAUUUCCGCUAAACAUCUUCCAAGACCACUCCUUCACGAAAUUUCAGUUGCUGGUGAGACUAUCCCUUCCGUGCAAAAAGGCGAGGAAUAUCGGCACUAUGUUCGACAGCCAUUUUUGCUUUAAGGAUCAUAUUACUGACAUUUGUAAAUCUUCAUUUUAUCAUUUGCGAAAUAUUAGCUAUAUCAGGAAAUAUCUUUCAGCGACCACUACUGAAUUGCUGGUUCAUAUGUUUGUAUCUUCGAAGCUGGAUUUCUGCAAUUCCCUUUUGUAUGGCCUACCAGCCUACGCUAUAAAAGGCUACAACACGUCCAGAAUGCCGCGGCGCGCCUCGUCACACUUACAAAAAUCAUGAUCACAUUACGCCUGUUCUUUUCAAUCUUCAUUGGCUUCCCGUUAACCAACGUAUUAUUUUUAAGAUUUUACUAAUAACCUACAAGGCACUUAACAACUUGGCACCGUCGUACAUUUGUGAUCUGCUAACAUCUUACACCCCAUCGCGUCAACUACGCUCAUCAUUCAAGCACCUUCUGGUUUCUCCAUCCUAUAACUUGAAAACAUAUGGCGCAAGAUCCUUCUCUGUAGCAGCACCAUCAUUAUGGAAUGCUUUGCCAAGUGAAAUUAGAAAUGCUCAGUCUGUUUCUGUUUUUAAACGUAGAUUAAAAACUUUACUCUUUAGAAAAGCCUUUUAUAAUUAAUAUUAGCUGUCUUAAGUGUUAAUGUUUAAGCUUUUUUGUUGGCGCCGUUGAACAGUAGGAUACUGGCGUGGUAUAAAUCUUUUAUUAUUAUUAUUAUUAUUAUUAUUUAUAAUUAAUAUUAGCUGUCUUAAGUGUUCAAGUUUUUUUUUUGUAGGCGCCUUUGAACAGUAGGAUACUGGCGCGGUAUAAAUCUUUUAUUAUUAUUAUUAUUAUUAUUAUAAAUGGUAGCAGCAAAUUGUCAAACAAACGUGGAGGAAUGGCCGGGAAUUAUCUGCCGUUAGGGAUCAAAUCACCUGGAAGACGUAGCUAUGCUCGUGACCGCUUUGUGCUGUUGAAACUGGGAUAAGCUCCGGCUGCCCUAUGAGUCAGUAUCGUAUGCAGGCGUUGCCUGCAGUGCUGACACUCUUCACAAUUUUUUUUAAGGGGUAAAGUUGAUGAUCAAGUUUGGAGGUUCCUACUAACUGGAGGUGUUGCUUUGGAAAACCCAUUUCCAAACCCGUGCUCAGAGUGGUUGAGCGAGAAAGCCUGGUCCGAGAUCGUAAGGGCCUCGGAUCUACCCAACCUAAAUGGACUCAAAGACAGUAAGUGAUUGGAGUCUUAUCACAAAAACUGCUGCAUUACCUUUUAUAUGGUUUGGCGAAACGUGCAUUAUGCUAAACAAGCAGGAAUGUUGAUGGUUCUUGAUUUUCCCUUCGGAAAUAUUUGAAUGAUAUAAAGAAAAUUCUCAAUAUCUUAUAUACCUGUAAGGAAUUUAGUAGGAUUUAACUAAGCUUUUAAAUAUUAGUCUAAAAGUCUUACUUGCAACUAUAGUUUUACAGGAAUUUGCAGCAACAAAGAAGUACUAUACGUGGCCAACUAACUGUACAUGGUGUGAUUUUCGUUCGUAGGUUUCCCAGAUCCAGGUUGGAAAGCAUUCUACGACUCAGCAACUCCACAUUCAGAAAAAAUGCCCGAUCCUUGGGAUGCGGUGUCGGGUCUCGACAGGCGAGUUUUGUCUCAUUUCAUUUUAAUUUCUCAAGCAAAGUACCUUUUUUGUAUUCUUUUUACGGGUGGAUUACGUGUUGCGUCACGCUCGUCGUGCGUCUGCACCCCACUCUAAGUUGACACACAACAAGCUAUGAAAAGUCUCAAAUAAAUAAGGAAUUUUCUUUGCGAAUGGACACAUCAGGUUAUCAAGUUCACUUCUGGGUUGUUGUAAGCGCCUGAUUAUUCUCUGAGAACGAAUCACUAAAAUCGCCUUAAUCACACGGGGUACAUUUAACUGUAUGUGACAAGCAUCUCUGUGUUAUUUCAGGCUGGUGAUUCUGCGUUGUCUUAGGCCUGAUAAGAUCGUUCCCGCAGUUCAGGUAUGUAUUAUAUUGUGUCUGUGUUCAUGUAUGAUUUUAACUGAUUGCUUACGCGUUGGCCUAAUACUGAAGGGAAAAAGUAGUGUCCCCGGUGUGAUGAACCCUAUGAGUCCUCUUUGUUAUUUUUACAAGGAAUAGGAGUUUCCGUUUUCGGAGAGAAAAACGCACCCCAGAGGAACAUAUUUUUUUGUCAUAUUGGUAAUUAUUUACCAACUUGAAAAAAGUACAAGGCAGUUUUGGUACAGCGGAUAAACUUUAUUUAAAUAAAUUGUACGCGAAAUAAGCUUAACGUUAACGCACAGCUAAAUAAGUGGUCUCCUUUGCCGCCAAGCCUGGUAGGUAUUCGGUGAAACCGCGAGCGUUUACGAUAUACUGAAACGCGUAACGACGGAUAGGAGUUCUUUCGCACGUCUGCUGUUUCUUGAGGUUCUUUCUUUCGAUUUUGUUGAGCGCUUGCUAAGUAGGUUACCGAAGAAGAAUCAGAUUAACUAAACAUAAGACAUCCUCACUUUAUUUUGUUAUUUGCAGGACUAUAUUGUGGAGAACAUGGGUCGUUCGUACAUUGAGCCGCCAACAUUCAAUCUUCAACUGAGUUAUAAUGAUUCCCAUUGUUGCGCACCUCUGAUCUUUGUGUUGUCGCCUGGGGCCGAUCCAAUGGCUGGUCUGCUGAAGUUCGCCAGUGAUAAAGGCUUUGGAGGAAACAGAAUUCAGACUAUCUCUCUUGGACAAGGACAGGUAAUUCCCGGGUUUAUAAAGCAGUAUUUGUAAGUAAGUAUAUAUAUCUUAUACCUUACGGCAGAAAUGAGGUGGCUAAGAGAAUCAUGCAACAUACAUGUAUUUUCGAAUUUGCUUCCUACUGACACAAUCCUUUUCCUCUUGACUUGAGUACAAUUGUUUUUCUCAUCUCAGGGUCCCAUAGCAGCUCGGAUGAUAGAACAGGCCCUAAAGAAAGGCACAUGGGUGGUGCUGCAGAACUGUCACUUGGCAACCAGCUGGAUGUCAAAACUGGAGAAGAUCUGUGAAGACGUCCUUGUCCCUGACAACACUCACAAAGAUUUCAGGCUAUGGCUCACCAGUUACCCGUCACCAGACUUCCCCGUCUCUAUUCUGCAGAAUGGUUAGUGUCGUGUUAUGUAUCUCUCCAUUCUAGCGUGCGUCUGAAUUGCCUAACGGAUCUUGGAAAGGAAAUUUUAAAGGGUGAACGACGCAGUGAGAUCAUCUUGAUGGAUUAAGCAUGAAGUUUUUAGUUCGUCUUUUGCUAUUCUAUGUAACUCAUCCAUUCUUAGCUAUCUUAGUUCCUCCUUGUUUCAUAACGAAUUAAUUGUUAUCCUUUUAUAAAAAACGAUACAAAAUAAUUUCUAGAUUUCUUACUGAGGAAUUGUGGAGACAACUGUUGUUUCUGGCUGUUUUGUCCGAUGUAGUCCAAUUGAUACUAUUGUAUACUUGAAGAGAAAAUGUAAAUACCAGUAAACGUGACCUAUACUUGGUCAACCUGCAGUAGUCGUUUACUACGUGUCAAUUUUUUUAGGAGUGAAGAUGACCAACGAACCUCCGAAAGGUCUGCGCUCGAACUUGCUGCGCUCCUACUUGAACGAUCCCAUUUCAGACAGGGAGUUCUUUUCUGCCUGUAAUAAGGUGAGCCACGUCCUUUCUUACUGGUCGUUUAAAUUCUCAUCUAUCAGAUCAUGAAAGAAACCAUGACAACGCUGAAGUAUAGUCUGGAAAAAUUUUCGAGAUAUUGAAAAAGUGGAAAGGGUUUCUGCUCAAGUAAAGACGUAGGUUGAAGAAGUUUACUACUACUACCACUCGAACACAUCUUUGAGCACUCACUCAAAAUUUACACAGUUGUUCAAACCUUUUCCAGACAGAUUUUAUGACUUGCGUAGACUUUUCACCAGCCAAUCCUUUUCAGCACUUCUCCUUCAAAGCAAAAUAACAAAGAGAUUAGCCUCUUGUCUCUUUCAGCUUGAUUUUUGUUAUGGAAUGUUUGAUAGUUACUAACAUUACAACCACAACUUAAAAGUUAUUUUUUCUGUUGUUUUUCCACUUUAGCCAGCACCUUGGGAGAAGCUGCUGUUUGGUCUUUGUUUCUUCCACGCCUUGGUGCAGGAGAGAAGGAAGUUUGGUCCUUUAGGGUGGAACAUUCCGUACGAGUUCAACGAGUCAGACUUGAGGAUCAGCAUGAGGCAGUUGCAGGUAAUGUCCCAUGAAAACAACUAGGUUUUAAAGUGCCUUUUGGUUGAGAGUCGAAAGUCCGAAACCAAAGUCAUCAAAACGUCCAAUCAGGACCUAAGAAAAUAUAGAUCGAUUACGGUAUCUAAGCGACUGUACACCCACCCCUCCCCUAACCCAAAAUGAAUCCUAACUUAUCAUAAGUUGACUGUAGUUGGGUUAGGGGAGGAGUAGGUACACAGUUGUUCAAAGCGAAGUAAAGCAAAAUUAGUUCAUUUCAUGUGUUUAAGUUUUAGAUUCCUGGCUCUUUGUGAAUGUUUAUGUUUGUAUUGUAUUUCGCCAUUGAUCAUUACUGGAAUAUGGCUCUUUAGGGAUGCGAUUUGAUUUAAUCCGUGGUAUCCUUGAAAUUGAAUUUACUAGUUAUCGCGAAAAACACAGUUGUCAUUUUACACCGCCACACCCCACCCCCCCCUCCAACUCUUAAUGACUCUCUUUCUACUCCGUCUACACUAGGUGGCCUUUGCGAAAAAAUUCCAUUGCCAUACUCUAAUCGGAGUUGGUAGACCCAGUGUCUAAAUUGAAAGGUUUUUUUACUCCUCUUAGAUGUUUUUAAACGACUAUAGUGAAGUUCCCAUGGAUGCCCUGACCUAUCUGAUUGGCCAGUGUAAUUAUGGCGGUCGGGUGACUGAUGACAAAGAUCGUCGACUGUUGGUUUGCCUCCUGUCGAUUUUUGUGUGUGACGAGAUCAUACAAAGUGAUGAUCACAGGUGAGUCCAGAAAGAUGUGGCUCUGAAGAUAACUCUCUCUAGACUAUGUAUGAAUAUACUCGACAUCUGUAAACUGUGUUUUGAAUUUGAUUGUAAAUCAGGUCACAGGUGUUUCACAUGUCACGUUUGACUCGUUCCAGGGCGACUAUCGCUUAUCCAAGAUUGAAUUUGAAACUUGUAUCAAAGCGUUUGUCAAGCUUAACACUGUGUGGGUUUUUAUCUCGUUGAAAGGCAAAACUUAAAAGAAAAAAAAAGAUUUACACGAUGAAACGUUCUACAAAGCCACUAAUUUUAAUAAGGAUUUUCCAAUGACCUUGGGUUGGCUUAACCUUUUGUCCCCCAAGAGUGACUGGCUUCUAAUUUUACUUACAGUAUCACCCUUGAAUCUAAUGUAAAGGUCAUGAGAAUGAAGGAAAUGAUCACUAAUUCUGGAAGCUCCUUUGAAGCAAACUGAACGGAGAAUAUAGAUAGUAAUGUAAGUUAUAAAGGGUUAAUUGUGUUACGAAGCAUCCGACCAGGUAAACAUUACUGUCCACAGUGUACUUACAUUUUCUUACCUUCUGACAGUCGUUUGGCUCUUUUUUAUCAGGUUUUCAGACAGCGGUACAUAUUACGCGCCUACUAAGGGAGAUUACGAAUCAUACGUGGACUACAUCCGGGACUUACCUCUCAUUCCUCAUCCAGAAGUGUUUGGUCUCCAUGAAAAUGCAGACAUUACUAAGGACCAGAAGGAAACUCAGGAGGUAAGUGGAUGACAUCUGUCAGUCACAGUGGGUCAAUUGAGGACCUGUUUCAUUUAGGGUAUCCUGCAAUCAUUUUUAAUAAUGUUUUUUUUCUUUGAAGUCUUGAACUUUUUUGUCAUGUCCUUAAUGUUUGUUUCGAAUCUUGCAUGAAUGAUAAAGCCCACCUGAAGCGUCCAAGCUUCCAGAAGGACAAUCUGAAUUACUUUACUAGUUCUCAGAAUCAGUAGUUGAAAAGCGUAGAGUUUGUUUCACUGUAAACUCAUCACUAUUUGAGUUCCUGAGCAUAAAUCUCUUUGUCUUUUUCUCAAUCCCUUCAGUUGUUUGACAGCAUCUUGUUGACCCUGCCCCGUCAGACAGGAGGCGGUGGGAAGUCGUCAGCUGAGGUGAUAGAGGAACUUGCCGCAGACAUCCUGUCGAAGUUUCCUCCCCCGUUUGACAUAGAGAUGGUGAUGAACAAGUACCCUGUGGUUUAUGAGGAGUCCAUGAACACUGUGCUGAGACAGGAACUCAUCCGGUUUAACCGGCUCACAGAGGUGGUGCGAGGCACGCUGUUUAAUCUGCAAAAGGCUAUCAAGGUAAUUGAAACAUGGAGUGAGCCACGAUCCAAGCAAUUGUAUUUAAACCUACAUACUUAGAAAUUAAACUUAAUGAAUUUUUUUCUGCUUUGUUUGUACUUCAGGGUCUGGUUGUUAUGUCUGGUGAUCUUGAAGAUGUGUUUAACAAUAUGUUGGUCGGCAAAGUCCCGGCUGUAUGGUCUGCUAAAUCCUAUCCGUCUCUGAAACCUCUCGGAAGCUAUGUAACUGAUCUGUUGGAAAGGUGAGGAAUGACGAUGAGUUGGUUGACUCACUGACUCACUGACUCACUGACUGACUGAUUGACUGAUUGACUGAUUGACUGAUUGACUGUUUGACUGAGUGACUGACUUACUGACUGACUUACUCACUCACUGACUCAUCGACUCACUGACUGAUUGUGUGUCUGACUGAUUGACUGACUGACUGACUGACUGACUGACUCACUAACUCCGACUCACUCACUGACUCACUGACUAAUUGACUGACUGACUCACUAAUUGACUGACUGGCUCACUAAUUGACUGACUGACUAACUCACUGUUUGACCGACUGACUGACAGCUCACCAUCUGGCUCACUCACCCACUCGAUAGUGUAUGAUAGUCAUAAAUGUCGAGAAAAGACAAAACCCAGAAAAAAUUAAUUUGACAAAUAUUUUUGGUCCGUAGAUUAACAUUCUUCCAAGACUGGAUCGACCACGGCGUGCCUAAUGUGUUCUGGGUCUCUGGAUUUUACUUCACUCAAUCGUUCUUGACAGGUGAAGCUCUUUGUGAAUUAAUUUGUCUCUCUUGUCGUGUCAGUUACAUUGGCCCAGGGUGUGGUGCACCGGACUCCGAGUCAAGAAACAACACUUUUUGUCUAUCAUACCUUAUAAGUGGAGGAGUAAAUCAAAAUUGAUAAAUUUAUGUCCCAAUUAGCCAAGUCACUCAUUAAUCGUAUGCUAUGUUUAUGUUUUAAUUGCUGAUCAGCGGUUCAUUUUGUUUUCACAGGCGCCCGCCAAAACUUUGCUCGUAAGUACACCAUUCCUAUUGAUCACGUGGGUUUCCAGUUUGAAGUAACGAAGAGCGAAAGAGAAAUGGAAAAAAAGCCAGAAGAUGGAGUCUAUGUAUACGUAAGUAUCGUGCUAUGCACUUGUGGCUGAAACUAUUUUAUGUUAAAUGAAACAAAUUUCAGGAAAACCAAAACCAGUGGGAUUUGAUCGCAUGUUUUGCUUCAGGAUUGAUUUCAAGGGUAUUUAUAGAACCUUUCCUUGAUUUCGGUUUAGCUCUUUACACCCCAGCAUCAGCAUGCAUAUUCUCCAUACUGUCCUACAAACAUUCCCCAAGGUGCUGACAAGGAGAGUUGUUCAACAAUCAAGAGGGUGACCAUUUUCUUUAUUACUAGAGUGAACUGUUUUAUAAAAAAAAUUAAACAGUAUUUUAUUUUUUUCCUUUUUCGUUCUUGUUUAUUGGUUUGCUUUAUUUCGUGCAUUUUCUUUUUGUUGUUUUCAGGGCCUGUUUUUGGAAGGAGCCCGCUGGGAUAGAGACGAAAUGGUUGUGUCUGAAUCUCAGCCAAAAAUCUUAUUUGAUACUUUACCUGUGGUAUCCUUUAACAAAUCAUGUGUAAAUGUAGUGAGUGUCUUAGAAAGGAUCAUAAAAGAGACUUAUCAACCGACUGACUUACUAUCUAAUGAACAUAUAGUCAAUCGACCAAAGAAAAACCCGAAGAAAAAGACUGGCUGACUGACCGACCUAUUUACUGACUUAGUGACAGCCUGUCUGUCUGUCUGUUCGGUAGUCUGCCUGCCACUUACUGACCGGCUGAGUGGCAAAAUUUCUUAUUGACUUGCGGUUUUCUGUCUGUUUCUCUGAAUGACCGACUGAAUGGCAGACUUACAAGCUGACUGACUGUCUGUUUGACAUAUUUAUUGUCUGUCACACCGACUAACUGAGUGACUUACUGACUGGUGGUCACUAUUUAUGACUAUAUUCACCCGAUGUUUAAGGAAUCCUUUCCCUUUCUUAUUUUUCUUAACCACUCUUCGUGUAGAUGUGGAUUAUCCCUGGUGAAAAAUCUACUUUCAAACCUAAAGCAACCUACUCCAGCCCAGUGUACAAGACAAGCGCUCGCCGGGGUACUUUGUCCACCACUGGUCACUCGACAAACUUUGUUAUGUACGUGGACUUGCCGUCAAACAAACCCGAGAGGCACUGGGUCAACAGGGGCGUGGCACUGCUUUGCCAAUUAGAUGACUAGUGAUGAGUGACGGAUCAUUUAUAUCGCUUUAAAUGGCUUCUCUUUGUUCUGCUUUUUUGGAAGAAUUUAAGCUUGGAGUGUGUGGGAUUGAAUUAUUGCUUAUUUAUAAAAUAAAUAACUUAUUGCCUUUAAACGAAUCUUAAUGUGAAAUAGUUUGAACUUCAGGCGCAGUGUGAACUUUUUCGGAUUUAUUUUCCUUUGUCUUUUCUAGUUUAAAGUUGCUUCAGUGUUUUGAAGUUUUUUUUUUACAUUAGAAAUCAUACGUUCAUACGUCCUUUCCAGUUUCAAACAAAGUUUUACAUACAUGUACGUAGUUUGAUAUCCUAGCUUAAAGAGUGAAAACGUAUUUAUUUACAAUAACUGUUGUAGAGCAACAGGGUUAAGGUCUUCUCAGUUGUACAUAGCCAGAGAUAUUUUGAAAAAUGCAAGGUAACUUAAAUUAAAAGAGUGGUUUGUAACCAGGCUUAAAACUUUAUCCUAGUUUUGUAUGCAAAAAAGAGUGAGG